AUGGAACUACACAAGCCACUUGAAAGACUGAGACAGGAAGAUCAUGACUGGCAGAUUAUCUAUGUCUUCUCGGAUGCCUUGGAGGUGUGCUACUUGGGCAAAGUUCCAGGUACAUUGUUGUCAUCCCAGGGAAGUUUAGGACAUGUCUACGGCACAAACCUUCUUGGCAGAAGCUGCCAAACGUACUUGGUCUGGGAACACCAUCUUACCAGACUGGAUGAUGAAUUGUAGGUGAUCGAUUCCAUUUCUUGGCAUGGACUGCCAGCUAUCUGCACUAUACAGUAAACUGCUUGGAGAACAGAGCAGACACUAGACAAUCUCAUAGAUUGUGAAUUUUUAUGAAGUAAAUUAUUGUGUCUCUUUUCCCUCAUUGGUGGUUUUAAAGACUUUGAUCGUGCAGGACUGGUCUUUUACUUCGAUCACUUGUCACUUAUGAGUGGUUUAUCAUUAAUGUUAAUGCUGGGGCAUCUGUCCCCUCCACAAGUGGCACACAAAAAGGUUGCGUCCAUUUGUAGCUUUUCCUCCAAGGGUCACGCGAACGUGCGCACAAGCACGUUCUGGGGUCAGAGGCCAAGUUCUGACCAAUCACAGCACAAGGAGGGGUAAACCCCUGGAGUUCCUUAGCCCAUUGCCCUGUCGUGGUUUCACAGGGCAAUGGGCUGGUUCCCAAUAGUGUGUUUUCCUUGUUCCUGUUAUUUGAUCUUCCCGGUAUCUUGACUUUGACUAUUCCUGACUACCCUUAUCUCUGGUUUCCCUGACUUGGCUUUCCUUAUCAAUCUUGUGUAUUUCUGGCUUCCUUCACCUCAGCUUUCCCUUGACCAUUUUCUGUCUUUCAAUGUAUUAACCCGGCCAUUCUAAGGGCCGGUUUACGUUCUAUCUUCUAUAGUCUAUGUAGAUGUUACAUAGUUUUGCGUGUUGGAGCACAGUUGUAGUCGUGACAGCAGGCUAUGUGUGCAUUUUGAACCUACCACAUGCAACAGAUUAAUGCAUGCUGGUUGUAAACAUGGAGCCUAUAUGUGUACAAACACUGUGUUGCGGACCGCCUGUUACCCCAACUGGGUACCUCCGCCAAACACGCUCUGUAACUAUCGCUGGGACAUCAUCAGCACUUCAGCCCCAAGGCGCCGCAGCUUAGCCAGGGUCUCGCCGUCGCUUCCCACCCUGGAACAGGGUCCUGGAUCCAGCUUCUAGUGAUUAGAGCUCUCCAUCAGCACUUCAGCCCCAAGCCGCCGCAGCUUAGCCAGGGUCUUGACGUCGCUUUCCACCCUGGAACAGGGUCCUGGAUCCUUCUUCUAUUCAUUAGAGCUCUCCUGCAGAGAGUAUAGCUGUAUAGCUGGUACAUCCAGACACUGGUCGAGGCUGAGUGAAGGGUGUAAAUGGUUUAUUAUGGCCAAGUUGCCUGCUUUUAUACACAGACCCCAGCAUGGGGUCUCCAUUUAAUGCAAGCUAAGCCCCUCCCAUAAAUCUCUGUGCCUAGGAGAUAAUUGCGUUAAAGACCGAAAUUAUCUUCCAGGAACGGAGAGGCAAACAUAAAAAUAUAAAACAUAAAAAUACCCCAAAACAUCAUAAAAAUAUAUAAGAACCCCACAAAUAAUACAUCAUUAAAUAGUCCUGAGCACCCAAGUUCUCCAAAUAGCGCUCAGAUCCAUGCAGUGUAGGGGAAACGCCACUGUGUUAAAGUUCUGACCGGCCGCACACGUGGUCCUAUGCCCAAAACAGUUCCAGGGCGUUUGGUGCUUUGGCUGGUCAACUUUCAGGAGCUCCUGUGUCCGAAAUAUAGGGUGCCCCGGCUGGCUCUUAGGUAGUGUUUGGGCCAGUGGCGUACAUACCAGGGUCGCAGGGGUCGCGGCUGCGACCGGGCCCGGCCCACCAGGGAGCCUGGCCGCCCCUGCGACCCGGUAUGUAGCCACAGGGCCAGCCUCUUCUCCUGGGGGGCCCAGGGGCCGACCACCCCAGGGCCCCCCUGAGGCUGGCCCUGCUGUCACCCGGCAGGCGGGCGCGCGAAGGAGCACUCAGUGCUUCCUCUUCAGCUCCCUCGCGCACCGCACUGAUACCGGAGCCGGAAGAUGACGUCAUCUUCCGGCUCCGGCAUCCCUAAGCGGCGCGCGAGGGAGCUGAAGAAGAAGCACUGAGUGCUCCCUCGCGCGCCCGCCUGCCUGCCUGCCCGACCGGCCACCCGCCCAGGAGCCCAGCAGCACCAGUGGACCCCAGGGAAUCCCCCCAGCACUCCAAAAGGUAAGGAGGCUGGGGGGAUUAAAUUUGAAAAAAAAUGUGUGUGUGUAUGUUAGUGUAUGUGUGUGUUAGAGUGUGUGUGUGUUAGUGUGUGUGUGUGUGUUAGUGUAUGUGUGUGUGUGUAUGUUAGUGUAUGUGUGUGUUAGAGUGUGUGUGUGUGUUAGUGUGUGUGUGUGUGUUAGUGUAUGUGUGUGUGUGUGUGUGUUAGUGUAUGUGUGUGUUAGAGUGUGUGUGUGUGUUAGUGUGUGUGUGUGUUAGUGUAUGUGUGUGUGUAUGUGUGUGUAUGUUAGUGUAUGUGUGUGUUAGAGUGUGUGUGUGUGUGUUAGUGUGUGUGUGUGUUAGUGUGUGUGUGUGUUAGCGUGUCAGUGUUUGUUUGUGUUAGUGCAUGUGUUAGUGUGUGUGUCAGUGAAUGUGUCUGUUAUUGGGUGUGUGUCUGCUAGUGAGUGUGUUACUAUGUGUGUCUGUUACUGAGUGUGUUUGAUGUCUGUUGGUGAGUGUGUGUUUGUCAGUGAAAGUGUAUGUUUUGUAAGUGAGUGUGUAUGUAUGUCUGUCGCUGAGUGUGUCUCUGUCAGUAAAUGUGUGUGUCUGUUAGCUAGUGUGUAUGCGUCUGUUCGUGAGAGUUUGUGUGUGUGUCUUCAGCAUUUACCUUUCUCCAGCGUCGGACUCCCCAGUGUCCACCACUCAGCUCCGAAAUGCACAUGCGCGGCAAGAGGCGCGCGCGCGCAUUUAAACCGCCCAUAGGAAAGCAUUACUCAAUGCUUUCCUAUGGACGUUCAGUGUCUUCUCACUGUGAUUUUCCCAGUGAGAAUCGCGGAAGCUCCUCUAGCAGCUGUCAAUGAGACAGCCACCAGAGGCUGGAUUAACCCUCAGUGAAACAUAGCCAUUUCUCUGAAACUGCUAUGUUUUCAGCUGCAGGGUUAGAACUAGAGGGACCUGGCACCCAGACCACUUCAUUGAGCUGAUGUGAUCUGGGUGUCUGUAGUGGUCCUUUAAGUGUGUGUGAAUACCGCGGUCGCGGGGUCGCAGCCCUGCAACCCCUGCGACCAGGUGCCCGCCACCAUGUGUUGCGACCCCGACCCGCGCCAAGUAAGCGCGGGGAGGUGGCCCACGGAUCAAUUUUUGCACCGGGGCCCCAUGGGUCAUGUGUACGCCACUGGUUUGGGCCCCUUAGUCUCAGACACCUUCCCUCCAAAAAGCACUCCUGGUGGGUUGCCAAAAUCCCAAGUUGUCCGGGAGUUGCACAGUCACCUCAUGCCAAAAACAGUUCUAUAACAUUUGUGGCUAAGUCCCGCUGUGGUGACCGGGAACCCAUGAAGUCCUCAUGGCAAAUUUAGUGCCAUGACAAUCGCAGUUAAGUACCGAUGAGGACAAUUUGUGGGUUUCUUCAUGCGAACGGCCGCCGGGGAGCUCGUGUUCGGUUCCAUUAAAAUGAAGGGAAAGUACCGAACCAGGGGCACCCAGGAAAAGUUGCUAAUGGUGGCUGGGGAGAUUUAACUCCCAAACAGGGUAUUUAGAUACGGCCCAUAGUCCUUAGGCAGGAGGCUAGCUAGCAGGCUCCUCCAAGAGCUCGUGGCAUAGGCACGUUUGCCACACACUGAUCAGCCACAGCAUUAAAAUCACUAACAUGUGAAUUGAAAAACAUUGAUUAUAUUGUUAAAAUGGCACCUGUCAAGGGUUGGAAUAUAUUAAUGGCACCUGUCAAGGGUUGGAAUAUAUUAGGCAGCAAGUGAACAGUCAGUUCUUGAAUGUCAUGUGUUGGAAGCAGGAAAAAUGGGCAAGCAAAAAGAUCUGAGUGACUCUGACAAUGGCCAACUAGUGAUGACUAAAGACUGGGUCAGAACAUCUCUAAAAUGGCAAGUCUUGUGGGGUUUUCCCAUUAUGCAGUGGUUAGUAUAGUACCAUAAGUGGUGCAAGAAAGGAUAACCGGUGAACUGACGUCAGGGUCAAGGGUGCACAAGGCUUAUUGAUGCACAUGUGGGGGGGGGGCGAAAGCUAGCCAGUCUGAUCUGAUCACACAAAAGAGCUACUGUUGCUCACAUUGCUGAAUAAUUUCAUGUUGUCCAUGGUCCAUGGUAGAAAGGUGUCAGAACACACCAUGCAUCAUAGCUUGCUACGUAUGGAGUUGCAUAGCUACAGACUGGCCAGAGUGCCCAUGAUGACCCCUGUCAACCAUCGAAAGUGCUUUCAAUGGGGAUGUUUGCAUCAUAACUGAACCACAGAGCAGUGGAAGAAGGUUGCCUGGUCUGAUGAAUCACAUUUCCUUUUAGAUCCUUUUAGAUCAUGUGGAUGGCCAAGUGUGUGCACAUUGUCACUGUGUGUGGAGAGAGGCAGGGAUAGGAAGUUACAGAAUAUCCCUGCCUCUCUCUACUACUCACUGAUCCGUGGGGGAGCAGCAACACAGCACAGAGUCCAGACAGCAGCUCUACAGCUCAGGUAAGUGAGGGAUGGAGGAAAGGCAGCAGGUACACAUGGGGACACUGAGCCAAUAGGGGACAUAUGGGGACACUGGGACACUAGGGGACACAUGGGGACACAGACAUUAGGGGACACUGAGACACUAAGACACAGACACUGGGAGACCUGGGAACACUGAGACACUUGGGGACACUGGAAAACAUGGGGACACUGGGACACUGAGACACUAGGGGACAUAUGGGGACACUGAGACACUAGGGACACAGACACUAGGGGACACUGAGACACUAGGACACAUGGGGACACAGACACUGGGAGACCUGGGGACACUGGAAAACAUGGGGACACUGAGACACUAUGGGACACUGGGACACAUGGGGAUGCUGUGAGACAUAGGGACAUUGGGAGACAUUGGGACACAGAGACACUAUGUUCCCAUGUCCCCCAGCCAGUGUCCCUAGUGUCUCAGUGUCCCUAAGUCUCCCAGUGUCUGUGUCCCAUGUCUCUCAGUGUGCUUAGUGUCCCCAUGUGUCCCAGUGUCCCUAUAUUUCCCAGUGCCCCCAUGUCUAUGUCCACAACUGUCCCCAUGUGUCCCCAAAUGUCUGUCUCCCACCCAGUGUCCCCUAGUCUCCCAGUAUCCCCUAGUCUCUCAGUGCCUGUGUCCCUAGUGUCUUAGUGUCCCCAAAUGUUUCAGUGUCCCCAUGUCUCCCAGUGUCUGUGUCCCUAGUGUCUUAGUGUCCCCAAAUGUUUCAGGGUCCCCAUGUCUCCCAGUGUCUGUGUUCCUAGUGUCUCAGUGUGCCUGGUGUCCCCAUAUGUCCCAGUGUCCCCAUGUCUAUGUCCACAACUGUCCCAUGUCUCCCAGUGUCCCCAAGUGUCUGUCUCCCAGUGUACCCUAGUCUCUGUGUCCCCAUGUCUCUGUGUCCCUAGUGUCUUAGUGUCCCCAAAUGUUUCAGUGUCCCCAUGUCUCCCAGUGUCUGUGUCCCUAGUGUCUCAGUGUACCCAUUUCUCCCAGUUUCCCUAAAUGUCUAUGUGUCCCCAUGUCUCUGUGUCCCCGGGUCUCUCAGUGUCCCCAUGUCUCUCAGUGUCCCCAGUAUCCUAGUGACAUGGGGACACACUGAGACAUUGGGACACUGGGAGAAAUGGGGACACAGACACUGGGACUAGACACACUGACACUGUGAUACAUAGGGACACUGAGACACUGGGUGACUUGCGAGACUGAGACACUGGGAGACAGGGAGACACUGGGAGCAAUCCAUCUAUACAGCAGAAUCAAACUGUGAGUAGUUUGUUGGUGAUUUUACAGAAUUUUCUCUGCUGUCACUCCUUGUGAUUUACAUCAUGUGAUGUCACGCAUAACUAAUUAAUUAUACAAAUGAUUAAGGCUGGUAUUUUUUUCCAAGAAAGGUGGCAACCUUAACUACUCUUCACAUAUUCUUGCUUAAAGGAGCCCUAUAGGGUCAGUAACACAAUCAUGUAUUUCAGAACCUAUUAUGUUAAAACCACCACCCUGGCCCCUUCUUGCCUCCCUAAAUAUAGUAAAAUAUUACUUGUAUUCAAUUCUGCAGCUGCUGGCUCAGAAGUGGUGGUCUGAGCAAAUAACAAUACUUCCCCAUAGGACUGGCUGAGACUGUCAACUAGGCAGAUCAGGGGCAGAGCCAGCACAAGUCCAACAUAGCCCUGGCCAAUCAGCAUCUCCUCAUAAAGAUAAAUUGAAUCAAUGCAUCUCUAUGAGGAAAGUUCAGUGUCUGCAUGCAGAGGGUGGAGACACUGAAUGGCAGUGCUGCAGACUAGGCAGUACUGCCCCAUGAAGCACCUCUAGCAGCCAUCUAAGGAGUGGCCAGUGGAGUUAUUUUCUCUGAAAAGACAGUGUUUACUGCAAAAAGCAUGAAUGGAAUGCUUCUACUUACCAGAACAAAUACAAUAAGCUGUAGUUGUUCUGGUGACUAUAGUGUCCCUUUAAGUUUGGAAGCUUAAGAGGGAUGUAUGGGAACAAAACUUGUGUGGCUGGCUGACAUUAAAAUUAGUUUAGGUAGUGCAGACGUUGGUCUCUGUGGCAUGUCCCCUUUCUUCUACACUCACUACAUACACCUUUUCUCUCUAUCAGACUAUAUACCAGGAACUUCUGCCUGCUAGUAAGAAGGUAAGGAGACAAGUGGACCAGCGAGUGCUAGGGGAAAGUCCUUGGAAAGCAUGGAGUGAGCGCAUUAUUAGACGCAUUUAUGUCAAGCUUAAUGUGCUGCCUGCAUAGUAUGCCCUUAGUUGGACAGCCUGCAGGAUUGGCAGGCAGCCUGACAUACAUUCAUGCCAGGCUGACCUUCCAAUUCUUUGGACAAACAUGCCCCCUUUUUGGCAGGUCUUGUCACAUGAUUCGCGCCAGUGGCAUACCCUUUUACCCCGCCCAUUGACUUCCUGCUUCACUGGACACUGCUGUUAGGGGUUAUGGAUUUACUUGAAAGAUGAAAGCAUAAAUUAGAGAGAAAUUAGCAUAGAGUAUGUGUUUUCUUAUAGCUGCAUUCUAUGAGUUUCCCUCCAGCACCAUCUCCAUCAGAUACAUGACGCUUGGGAGGUAUGACUGUUUUAGUGUUUUUGGUCGAUAAGAUUCCGUAAUUAGGCCCAUCAUUAUUGUCAGCACCAGGCCCACUGUGCUCUUAAUCCGGCCCUGGUUGGGGGGAUGCAUGGUCCAGGAGGACCAAACAAAUGCUUGUCCAGGGUCCAAUCAUUAUGAGACGGCCCUGUUGCAAGCUAAUCGGAUGCAUUUGGAUAAGCUAAGGGGACGUGUUUGAAUGCUGAUGCAGCUGAGGGGUGUAUUGGUGUAAAAAUACAAGCUGUGUGUGUGCUGAUGCAAGCCUAGUUUCUGUGUGUUGGUGCGAGGUAAGGAAGUGUGUCCAUGUACUGGUACAAGCUGAGUGGGUAUUGAUCUACACUGAGUAUAUGUAUUUGUGAACUAUGCACGCGGGACAAGCACAAUCACAAGGUGCAUUAUGGCGCAUCAACGUGGGAGGGGGGAGGUGCAAUUUUCAGUGAGACCAGAAGGAAGAAAGUGCACAGCGCUUCACCUCUGCCGGUCACGCCAUGUAGCAUGACCGGACAGAGGAUCUUCUGUAUCCUCUCCCUGUUCUGACAGUUUAGGGCUCGGUGGGAGCAAUGAACAGGUUCCUGUCAGGCCAGGUACAGGAUACAGAAGAUACACUAUUGCAGUCUGCCUGACCAUGCUACAAUAUAGAGGUAAGCAGGGUGGAAGGGACAACAAAGAUGGGAUGGGGGAAAGAGACAAACAAAAGGAGAUGGGUAAGGGGAGAAAGAGACACACUGAAGGGCUGGCGGUAGACAUACACAGGGGCUAUGGAGAAAGAUGCACAGAGGGGCUUGGUAAGGGGAGAAAGACACAGAAGGGCGGGGGAAGCAAAAAAAGGAACAAAGGAGCAGCGGGAAAGAAAGACAUACAGAGAAGCUGGGGAGAAAGACACACAGAGGGGAUGGGGAAAAGAGUCACACAAAGGGACUGUGAGGAAGUAUGAGAUAUGCAAAGGGCUGAGGGGAGUAAGAGACACACAAAAAGGCUUGGAGAAAAGUAAGAGACCACAAGGGGAGUGUAAGACACACAAAGGGGAAACAUUGGGGAUAAGAAACAGAAAAGGGGCAAAGAAAUACAAGAGGAGGGUUAAAGGACCACUCUAGGCACCCAGACCACUUCAGCUUAAUGAAGUGGUCUGGGUGCCAGGUCCAGCUAGGGUUAACCCGUUUUUUUAUAAACAUAGCAGUUUCAGAGAAACUGCUAUGUUUAUAAUAGGGUUAAUCCAGCCUCUAAAGCCUCUAGUGGCCGCGCGUGCGCAUUCAGCCGAAUGGCCGGAGAGGAGGAGGAUCGGAGGCGGACAGCUCCCCGCCCAGCGCUGGAAAAAGGUAAGUUUUUACCCCUUUCCUCUCCCUAGAGCCGGGCGGGAGGAGGACCCUGAGGGUGGGGGCACCCUCAGGGCACUAUAGUGCCAGGAAAACUAGUGUUUUCCUGGCACUAUAGUGGUCCUUUAAGAGACACAACAGAUGAAGAUGCAUUUGGGGGAGGCGGUAAAAUAUAUUUUCGCCUGUGUAGCCAAAAAUCCUUGCAAAGUGAGUUUAUAUAAACUGAUUAGGUGUGUCUGCAUGCUGUUGCAAGCCGAGGGUGUGCUUUAUGUGAUGGUUCAACUCAGGGAGGGUGUUGGUAUAAUUACGCAAACUGUGUGUUUGUUCGUGCAAGGUUAUAGUGAGUGCUGGUGCAAGCUAAAGUGUAUAUUUAUGUGCUUCUGUGAGCCGAGGAGUACUGGUGCAAGCUCAGGGGGCGUUCUGUGUGCCUUGGCAAACUGUGUGUGUGUGUGUACUGGUGUAAGAUGAAUGCAUUUUGCUGCAAGCUGAGGAAGUGUGCUGUGUUUGUUGCUGUGAGGAUGCAGGCGAUGUGUAUGUGUUGAUAAACAGGUUCACCAGAUGCAGUGCGCGUGGAUGGAUAAGCAAUGUGUGUGCUAGGGUAAGAGGAAUGUUGUGCUGCAGCUGAGCAGUGUGUCUGUGUGAAGCUGCACGCUGUGUGUAUAUAUGUGUUGUUGCAGGGCUAAGAUAGGAUGAAGAUGUGCUAUGUUGUGAUAUUGACUAUAUCUCACUCCAUUCCCGCACAGGUAACAUCCCGCACUCUCUGCCCUCCGUCCUGCAGCGGUUCCACCUUAAAUCCUCUAUGCUAUGGGACGGACCUUUCUGGAAAACAACCACGCCUCCACGAACAACUCCCCUCCCACCGACGUUGCCAUGCUCCGCCCCCGGGCUGGGCUGUGUCUGGCUGAGUCUGAGCUGCAGCCCGAGCUGUAGACACCCGGCGGGCGAGGAGCCGGAACUCAGCCCUGCAACAUCAAACAGCUGCUCUGCUCAGCAUCCCCACAGCACUGCUACCCCCCAUCCACUCACACUACCUCUCAGGGUGGCCGCUGGGGAGGGAUUACGGUAAGUGAGAACAGGGAGAACUGUAAUAUACUGGCAUUACUGCUACUGCAUACAUGUACACACACACUGCACUUUUGUCUGUGUGUGUGUGUGUGUGUGUGUGUAUAUUUAUAUUAUAUGUACAUAAACACACGUUUAAAAUAGAUUUGUAGAUGUCUGUAUGUGUAAUAUGUAUGUAUAUAUGUGUGUGUAUAAUAUAAAUAAAUAUUUUGAUUAUUUAUUUUUUGAAUACUUUGGACGGGCUGAAAUAAUAAGUAAAUGGAAGUUUAAGUGCCUUUGUAUGAAAGGUUCUGUUUGUUCUCAUGUAGAAUGUUCAGUCCAUCCAGCAUGCUGACCGUGUGUAAAUAUCCGUUUGUAGCAUAUAGAUGUGUUCCAGAUGUGGGCGUGUGCUUAUAUUAUAUACAGUGGUGUAAACUUGCUCCCAAAGAGCAACGAUCUUGCACAAUGUGAAGUUGUUAUGCUGUAAGAGAUUUGGUUUUUUUGUUUGGUUUUUUUUUGCAGUCAACCCCCACCUCCCUUCCAUACCUUGGCAGGAAUCCCUGCCUGCCUCUACUAAGGUAUGUGUGUUAAGUCCUCUUGCAGUAACAUCUGUUGCACAUUUGCAUAAUUCUGUAAAUCUCUGCAUACUUUUAAUGUCCUCAGUCUAUUUACAUUCUCAUUGAGUUACUGUUGUGUAUAAUUGUUUAUAUAGACACCAUUUGUAAUUUCACAAUUAUGCUGCCUGGUCUUGCAUAUCAAGUCAUUAUUUAAUGUGACAGCAGCAUUAUCAUUGCUUUUUCUGCUGAUAAGCACAGGAGUGGAUCACAAUUGGUGCACCAUAGAUGUCUAAUUUGAAAGCCUAAUAUACACAGACAAUACUAAUGUGGAUAUGGCAUGUACACAUAUACAGUGUUUUGCUUUGGUUGGUAAGGUUGAGAGGCAUUCGAUUUAGAGUAAUGGAGUUUAAGUAGAUGGAAUGUGUGUAGAUAUAUGUACACAUAGUGCAAGGAAUCUCCGCCAAAGUAUGGCAUUGAGAAUUUGGGUACGUUAUCGGUCUGCUACAGUCAUAAUCUGCAAUAAGCCCCAAUGUCAUUGAGGUAGAAAGAUGCAUCUGCAGUAUUUAAGAGAAAUAAUUAAGCGGGUUUCAUGUCAUUUGAUAACUGAACCCCUUCAAAGAUGUGUUGUGCUUGUUUUUUUUUUUUUUAUAGGUUAAUUUUGAUUUGUAGAGGUGAAUUAUGCCAAAGUACCCGCAUAGUAUUGGUUCAUUUUUAUUCGGAGUGUGUGUGAUUUUAUUCCUUAUUUAUAUUUGCCUUUGUUUGUCUCAUGUAGUUUACAUAUGGGGUAUUAAUGUAAAACAGGUGACAUUUUCGAUCAAACUGCUUAAAUGCUGAAACGCCUUCACUGACUUCCAUGGUGACUGCACCUUAAUUAGAAUAGAUUAGCACCUGCUUUUGUAUUGAUAAUUGGUUUGGGCAUUGGUUUGUAGGAUGAGUCUGGUCUGUUUAAUACUCGUGUUCAGUGUCAUUUUGUGUUGGAUUUUUUUUUUAUUGGUUUUGUUUUUUCUCUCCCCUGCUAUUGCAUUGUUAUAUACUUUGGUACCAUAUUAUUUUGGUACAUUGUCAGUAGUUAGAACUGGCAUGUUUAGGUGCAUUGCCAGUUUUUAGCAACUGUUGGGUUUGAUAAUCCCUUACAAUCUAGAGUAAAGCCAAAACCCUUAUUGUCAGUCUUCCAUUGUAGGACAGCUUUUAUUACAAUUUCCUAACAACCUUCGCUUCCUGUAACUAAAAUGAUACUAAGCCCGACUGCCCUGCCCAAUAGGUUUCCAGAGGUUACUGAUAUCUCAGGUUGAUAAACAUAAACAUUUUAAGGUGGAGAUGACCAAUUACAAUAUCACAGAUGCCCUGGGGUGUAAGGAUAUCUCUGUUCUGACUAGGAAGAGGUAUGCUAGUUCGAUCUUGAACACAAUACCUUAAGGAUGCCUGCAGGAAUUUGUAACCUGCAGCUAUGUUUUACAAGGUUAUUUGCUAAAGUGUGAUUUAUUGGGAAUUCAGAGUGAAUAUAAUACCACAUGUUGGUGGCAAACUGAAAAAAUACGAUUUCAUAUAAUAUGUUUUAUAUUCAGAUAUUUUGGCCUACAAGUUUAAAUUAAUUUAGAGUUACUGAUGGUUUACACUUUAAUAAAUAACCCUGUCAGAUUUUCAUAUGUUAAUUGAUAUUGGUCUCCUUUCUGAAUUUUUUUUUUUUUAUGACAGUCCCUAUUGGAUUUAUAUUUUUUUUUGGGGGGGGGGGCAUUUGCUGGCAAUUAUUUUUGGCUUUAUAUCUUCGUCAGUUUUGUGCAAUGAAAUCUAGUUUGUGUGCUUACACCCUCAAAUCCAUUCGAAAUCUAGAAUUAAUAAAGCCAUUUCAAUUUAAAUUAAAGGCAUAAAUUGACUAAUUUGUGAAAUUCUGUUUAAUUUCCUAAGCUUCAAAAUGACUCUCCAAGAAUAAUAUAACUUCACCUCUUCUGGAUUGAAGCCAGUUGUGAUUUAAAAUAUUUUCUCUCAUGAUUGUUGCCUUGAUAUGUGUCUUAGUGUUUAAUGCAGCUUUUGUAUAGCCAAGCUGAUAUGAAAUUUUUAAAUCUUCUCUUGUUGGUCAGUUUUGCAGCAGUGUAUUGUAUUAUUUGGUACUUGUGGCUCAUGUGGCUUCAGAUAAAUUUUUGUCCAUGCAGUUAUGCUAUGUCUUCUGAAGACAGAUUUUGCUGCUGUGCCAAGUCACACUGCUGUGUGUAUGCAGUGACCUAUUCUCCCUUCUCGUGUCUGCCUCCGGAAAGCUUGGGGUUUCCCUGUCACAAGACCUCGUUCCCAGUGGAAAACUUGCUCAGACUUUCCAUGUGCUAUGGUGGCUGAUGCCUUCUGUUUUUAAAACACUUCCUAAACCACGUUUAGUAGUCAGGGAGAAGGCUCUUGUGUAGAAGUGUAGAUACUUUCUGGAGAAUGUUAAUCUGAGGUAGUGUUUAUAUACGUUUAUCUAUCUAUCUAUCUAUCUAUCUAUCGAAACAAACACUUACACCAUUACGUAUAAACAAGAGUGACAAACAUGUAUAAGUCCAAUUUACUGUCUCAAAUAAGCUUUUCAUUCACAACCUGAGGCAAAGUACAGAUACACUUUCUAUCCAAUUGUUUCCUACUAUUCUGUAUUACUAUAAGCAUUGAACCGAGGUCCAACAGUUAUUGUGAAAAUCACAGACAUCUCCUGGUGCAGUUAGAUGGCUGUGAGGAACAGUCUCUUAGAAACAUGAGUUUCAAUGUUUCCUUUGUAAUGGGUGUCAAGCAGUCAGUAGUUCAGCUUCAGAAAGACAAAAGACAGUGCUCUCUCAGGCAAUCUGACUCAUGUUUGUGAUUGAAGUUGUCUACGGGUUGGGUCCCGCUUGUGCAUGUGGUCAGCUAGAGACUGAAAACAUCAGAAAUAAAGCCAUAGCUUCUGGUCCUGUAAUUAAUAUUGUUAGUUCUAAAUCCUUGUAAAGUCCCCUAACUGUAGAUGUGAUCCCUUAGCAAUCUCUGUGUUUGUGUUGGACAGAGAAGCUCACUGCAUGAUCCUCCUGACAGGCUCAGAAGGGACACUCUGGAUUUAAAAUGAUUGCAGUUACCGAGGUAUAUACAAUGAAUUGACAUAAGGAAUUCAUAUGUUUAAAUAUACAACUUAUUGAUAUAAGCAUGUAAUCACAUCGAUUAGAGAGUGGUAUUUUGUGGACCAGUGUGAUUUCACUGAAGCUUAUGUGGUUAUUCUGACAUUUUUGGUAUAUGACAAAAUUAAGCUUAUAAUGAUCUCUGCGGUCUUGAAAACUGAAGGAUUGGUUUGUCCCAGGUGGUAAACUUUAUAGACAGAUUUAUAUUCUUACAGGAAGCAUUUUAGAAUCUUAAGUAUUUCACUGUUUAUAUGAAGACUGAAGUAUGUAGAUAAAUGAUCCAUCUGUAAUUCAGGGAGGAUGAUUCUGCUUGGAAAUGAAAUGUUUACGUCUUAUCUUGGGCUACAGGCUGUAAAGCUUAUCAUUCAGGACAUCACGCCUGGCAUGCUCUUUCCCCCUGCUUUCAUUCUGUCCUUUUCCAGCAAUGCUAAUUUCAUGUCAAAUACUUAUUCUCUGUCUCUCUUUUCCUUUAUUCCCCCCCCCCACACUUUUUUUUUUUUUUUUUUUUUUACAUCUCCUUCCCGUUCUCAUUUCCGUGUUCUUCUGUUGCCCUUGAGGUCACAGUUGGGUGGCUGCUGUCACCUGUUCAUGACAGAUGUCCCUUCACCUGCCCUGCUUCCCACAUUCCCAGUCUCUGCUGGAGCAGGCAAGGAUGGGCUCUAAGGGUUCAUACUCUAUCAGUGAGAACAUUUUUAUGCUUUUUAAUAAUUCCCUGUAGUGCAUUUAUCACUGUGCACAUUCUACACAAGUCUAAGCCGAAUAUGCAUUACUAGAUUGGCUUUAUAUAAUGAUCUGAAAUCUAAUUAUCGCUCUGCAGUAAUUUGUAUGGCUCUGUAUGUUCCAUACAUUGCUUUGCAUUUAUAGAUCAGCAGGUUCUAGACAAUGUUGUAUGCUAGAUCUAUAGGUUGUCAGGUUCUUUACAAUUAAUUUACAGUCUGGUGUGCUUUGUUUAAAGUUGAGCAGUAUAGUCUAGCUUGUCUGGUUUGAUACAGGGUUAUGCAGCAUUUGGGGGAGGGGAGGAGGAGUUACUCAAUUGUGAUAUAGAGUAAUGUAUUGCUGGUUCUGUUAAAUUAUGCACAUAAAAUGCUGCGCAAGUAUAUGUAUGACUUGAGUCUGCCCAGUUCUGCAAAAUGCUGUUAGAACUUGUUCUUAGCAGGCUUUUCCAUAAUUUUCUGUGGCAUCGUUUGAGCUUGGCAGGUUCAGUGUAAUGCUCUAGGGUUGAUCUAUAGUGUAACUAUGUUCCUGCACAAUACUAUGUAGUAUGUUUUAGAGCGUGAUGGAUUCUGUGUAAUGCUGUAGUAGGUAUAUGCAUAGCUUGGCAGGCUCUAUUUAUUUACAUCUUGAUGGAAUUUGUUUUAAAUUUCUAGGUAUACGUUGAUGAUUUCAGUUUGGUAAUGAGGAAUAUAUUUUUAGUUUGGUGGAAUAUGUAUACAGUAUCGCCAUGUGUAUAUUUCGAACCUUACCAGCUUAUGUAUUGUUUUGCAGGUAUACAUUAAAUCUCGGAAGAUUCAGUUGAUUGCUUUGAGUGUAUAUAUAUUAGAGCCUGGCAUAUUCCUUACAGUGCUGUGAGUGUAUUUCACAGUUUGGCAGAGUCUAUGUUCUCCCCCAAACUUAGUGGAUUCUGUAUAUUGUUUUGGUUUAUUUUUCAAGCUUAGAUUCUGUAUAUUGCUCUUGGUAUAUCUUAAAGUUUUGCAGAGCUUGCAUAUUGUUAAGGGAAUUUUUAGAGAUUGACAGAUUUGGUAUACUGCUGUGGGUAUAUUUGAGAGAUUGGCAAGGUCUGUAUAUUAGCGUGGGUAUUUUUUGUAAUUGAUGCUGCAUGUAUCGUGCUCUGGGUUUAUUGCUUGGUAAAUAUUCUAUAUGUUGGAUAUAUAUUUUGUCUGUUUCAGUAUGAUGCUGUGAUAUUCACCUGUCAUAUGAACAUAUUAACCCCAUGUAUAACUCUGAAGAAAUUGGCUGUUUGUUUUUCCUGAAUUAGUUUGACAAAACCAGAAUUUUAAGAUGCUGCUUUUUUUCUAAAGUGUCCCAAACAGAUGGUAUAUGAAUAUCUCUCCGUUUUGGCUACUGAACAGACAUGUAUGGUUGCCAAACUCUCCAUUAUGUGCUAAUAUUAUUAUGUUAACUGAUAUUAAAAGGAUAGUCUAAGAACCAAAAUCACAUCAUUUUUAAAGGAAUAUUGGUGCUAUCCUUGUAAUUUUCUACUAAUGGCUGUCAUUCAUUAAAGGGACUAAAAUAGAUACAAUAAGUGAGUCUGUAAACUUUGUGUAUCCAGUGUUUCUUUUAGAGGCACGUUGGAUUAGUGGAGAUGGCUAAGCAUGUGCCGUGAUCUCAAUAUUUCUCUAUGAGAAGCAUUCAUUUGGACAAAACUCAUCAGAAUUAAUGACUUCACCAGAGGAAGAUUGGAAGAUUGCAUUGUGGAGACUGUCCCGGUGCUAGAUUACAGCUAACUGGGGUACUCUCGAAAGUGAGAGAUGGUUCGUUCAAAUCGAUUUCCUGUUAACCCACAUAAUGUCUCAAUCUAUCUGCGAUUUACCUGUGGAGUAAAUCCUAGAUCAGGGGUGGGCAAUCUGCGGCCCUCCAGAUGUUUUGGACUACAUCUUCCUUGAUGUUUUGUUAGCAUUAUGGUCCUAAGAGCAUUAUGGGAGAUGUAGUCCAAAACAUCUGGAGGGCCACAGAUUGCCCACCCCUGUCCUAGAUGGAUUAAUUUGUUCAGGUGUGGAUUAAAAGGCAUUUAAAUUGGAUGAACAGUUUAACACAAAGUCUUCCCAAUAUCCUAAAAAUAAAGAAAAUUCCUAAAUUCUGUAAAAUGAGUGAACAAAGCAUACAAACGGGAAUCAAAAGUUCAAAUUGUAAACUUCUAUUCAGCCCUCAAACAUGAGUGUUCGACAUUUUUUUUCUUUUGCAUUCACAUUUUUCUGUGGCAUGUCAAUGUAAUCUAAGAGGUAUAUUUGUGUUUGUGAUAGAAUGCUUACUUGGUGUAAAGUACUCCUACAGCAUGUCAAAGACAGAGUAUGUUUAUAUAUCUAAUUAUUUUUUACGUCGGUAUGUCUUUGUGUGAAUGCAAGGGUAUGUUUAUGUGUCGUGUCUGCUUGCACUAUAUAGUUGAACCUUCUUUGACUAUCUCACAUAGUUUUCAUGUCCGUAUGAUACCCUGCAUAGACUAUUGCCUGUGCUAGUCUGAUCAUCACAUCAUUUUUGUGGUGCCCAUGGUAAUGAUUUCAGGUCAUGCGGAUGUGAUGUCAUACAGAUGUUUUCAUAUCUACAAACAAAAGCACGUUUCCAUGUGGAUGAGCUAGUUACUGACGGGAAAUCUUUAACACCGUAUAGGACGGCCUGGUGGACUAAGCUGUAUAGCUUUUUUUUUCUUUUGGCGUGAGGUAUCACAGCGGCUGCCCCGUGGACAUUCUGUGCACUCAAUGGGUUUUGUUCAAUCAAAAAUUUGUGUUGUAGAUAAGAAUCUACGUUGAUCCUUAUCCACAACACAAAUUUUUGAUUGAACAAAACCCAUUGAGUGCUCUCAUCUCUUCAUUUGUAUAUAUCCACGCUGUGCAGCACCUUGGUUCUCUUGGAAUAUCACGUCAAGGUAGAGUGCCAGAUUUAUAUAUAUAUAUUUAAUUUUCCAUGAUACUCGCUGUGCCUUGCUCCUUCUGAACCAAGAGCACAAUCUAUGAGUUGGAGAACUAGGAAAUGGCAAUAUGCUUUCACUACACCCACAGAUGAUCUGCCGCACGACUAAUUAUUCUUUCAGUGAAUAAGAGGGGAAUUCCUCACCUUUACAUGCACAUAAAUUAGGAUUAUAGCUGGUGGAAACUUGGAUGAUGACCAGUCACAAGCGACUGCAGGCACGGAUCGUCACUUGUUAGUGCUGGCUGCCUUGUCUUGCCGUGUUCUCUUCUGGACCUGCUCUGAACAAUAUAACCUGUCAUAGUGUGGUGCUGCAGUCCCAACCAGCAGACAAAUGAUGGUUACCGGAAAUUGAGGAGGACUCAUUCCUACAAUUUAUAGUAGACCACCUUUCUUAUGAUGAACAAUCACCCCAUAAGACUGUCUGAGUAUUAUAUUAAAAGCAUGUUUGUGUGACUCUCUUUGCAUAUGUAGAUUAACUCUGUGCAUGAAAGUGUCUGUAUCUUGUCAAUUAAUGAGAAAGUCAGUAUGUAUCUCGUCAUUUACAUAAAUGUAUAUAUUUUUGGCAAAAGGAUUGACCAAAUUGUGUUAUGAUACGCCCUUGAGUUUGAUUAGUCUUACUACUGCCUACAGGUUGUGGAGACUCUAUGAACCAGAAAGAUUCUCAUUGGUACCAGGUCCUUAAUUUAACUUUUUCCAAUCAGCACCUGCCAGGUGAAGAAGGAAUCAUUAAAAAAAAAUUAAAAAAAAAAUAGAAUACAAGAAAGAGGUGGAGAAUCCCUACAGAGUUUAGCUUUACAAAACAUACACUUUUCUGCUAGUCCAGUACUUACUUGUUUCUAUUACCCCACUGUGUUUUUAAUCUGUGCAAAGUAGGGGAAUAUGUGAAUGAAUGGAAGACAUUCACCAUAAAGUACUAUGAAAAACAACCUGAAUGUACAGUAUGGGUGGCACCUUGAAAAGAGGGUGUGUGAUUGUGCUGACAAUUAUAAAAGGUUGGCAAAAUUCAAUAGAUACUUUGUCUGAAGCAUGGGAGUUUGUAUUUAAAAAGCAGUGUGUCCCAGCAAGGUCAUUUAAAGUUCCCUUCUGAAUUCUAAUUAUUCCUGAAAUUUUGCACCCAAAAUGGAUCCAGAUUAGGUUUGAAUGAGGAUCUUGCACUGUUUACGUGAAAGCUAAAACACCAUGUUGGAUUAAAAACACACACACACACACACACACACACACACACAAAAAAAAAACAUGUUUGUGAUAUUAUUGACACAUAAUGGAUAAGUGGCCCUGGGGUAUUUAUGUAUACAUGAAUGAAUGGGGGCAUGCACAAGGUUAGUGAAUGAGAAUGACUGGAACAGAAGAUUACUGAACAUGAACUGCCAACAGUAUAUCCAAAGCUUGCAGCACAAUGUCCAUCUGAUGCCAGAUGUGUUGACAGCUCCCCGGGACUCCUCCCUGCAUUGAUCCUGCUUCCCCCACCCCCAUCUGUUUGGUAUUUCUAUUCGAUCUGCUGUUUGCUUUCCUAUUGAUAUGUUGUAUCAUAAACAGAGACCGUGCACUAGUACUAAAUGUCCAUGCCGGGGUUAAUGUUUUUCUCCCUCUCUCGCCAGUGAUGUUCUAUCAUCCAUUUCAUUGCAUCUAUCUCCCUGUUCCCAAUUGUCACGAAUCAUCUUACUUUCCUAAUUCCCAAUCUCUCUCUCUGCUCUUCUUCUAUCUAGCUAUUUUUUUCCUCCUUUAUACUGUCUGCUGCAUUUCAUUCCAUGUGUCACCCCUUUCUAUUCCUCUUUUGGAAGCACUCAAUUUUUUUUCCCUUUUCAGUCCCUGCCCCACUCCCUCCUUUUCUUCCCAUUUCCCCAGCUUGGUGAGUGACUGGGCCAGAAGCCAGAUCCCUUUUGUAAUUGAUUAUCUCAUUUAGCUGUCGCCUGGCACCAAAGAUCAAAACUGCUUUAAAGACAAAAAUGGCAAGCUAGCAAUGUGCAGUAAGUUUUUGCUGUAUUUCUGGAAUGUUUGCUGCCUCUCUUCCUUUUAUUCCAUGCCCCCCUCCCCCUAUAUUUAGAUACAUAAUGUGACAGCAUUUCUACAGUUAUGACUACAGUAUAUGUAAUCCAUCCAUUUUAGCCCAAUCACUUUUUUUACAAAUAUAUUUUAAUUUGCUGCCCUUCAGAACCACCUUCACCUCACCUAGUUGUUUACAAUUCCAUCUCAUCCCUCCUUUAUUAUUAUUUUUUUUUAAAGAAAAAAACAACAACCCUCCCAGUCUAUUUAUUUUUUUUUUAUUUUUUUUUUUUACUCCUAUCAUUUCAUGUUAACUUUUUCUGCAGUCCCUUUUUAAUUUAUAUUCUGCGGUUUGACUUGUUUUCUUUGUGCAUUUAUUUUUUGUGUGUGUGCGCUUUAUAUCCCCCCCCCCUUCCAUUUUGCCAUCUCUCUCCUCUCUUCCACUGGACCUGCUUACAGCAUGGAACAGUUUAUAAAUGGAACACGGCCCCCUCAUUCUCGGGAGCAAGGCUUGCUGGGAGCUCUGCUUUAUGUUUUCCAGACUGUGGUUUGCUUUUUAACUCUUACAGUGCAUAAAAUGAGGGUGUGGUGCAAGUGUGGGAGGCUGGAACAAGCAGGGCGUGUAUUUAUCUCUCAUCAAUCCUAAGGGCAGUUUUCUUUAACCCUUAGUUGUAACUUUUUUUAUUUUUUAAUUUAUUUAUUUUUUAGACAUAAACUUGUCUGUUUUUGCAAAUAGCUUUUGUUUACCAAAAAGUGUUGCUAUCCUCGGUGCCGGUUUCUCUCACCUCACUUUUUAUCCACUCCCUUUUUUUUCCUGCCAUUUUCUUAUUUUAAUUUGCCUUUAUCAUUGCACUAAAUAAAUGUUGCUUUCUCCCUUCCUGUGUCGCAAUGAGUUAAGAACACCAGCAGGUCAGUACCUGUGUGUAUAAGAAAGGCAGAGCUUGUUAUUGAAUGCUGUUUUCUAAGUCUACUCACAUGCUCAAAAAGAAGGAAUUUGCACACAAAAUAUAUAGCAAGCAAUUUGUUUUUCCUGCUAUCCUUGUGCUCUAAUCAGAUAUUCAAUAAUCUUUGACCUGAAUUGCACUGUGUUGUUUGGUUAUGUGGUCCAAAGAAAUGCAAGAUACAUUAAGUAUCUUGUAGUAUUUGAAUAGGUACAAAAGGGUGUUUUUGUGCGAAGUUCUGAAAGUGGUGAAGUUGACAUGUAAAAGCAAUGCACUGUUGACGAUGAUUGCUCCACUUUAUCAAAUGUGCACCUUGGUUGCCUCUUUUACUGGCCCAGUGUAUUGACCCAGUGUUCUUUGUAACUGUAGGUUUAUUGCAUCAUUUUAAAUGAGCAAGCUUGCCAUAAAAUAAAUGAAAAGAAACACAAGAGACCGGAGGGUUGGGAAAAUGACACCCACCUCCCGUCUCUUAGUAAUGUCACCUAUUCUGGGUGAUAGGGGGUAACCAAAAGAAUUAUAAGAUAAAAGAUAAUUCCCAAAAGCUAUCUUACUAGAAGAUAGCCAAUAGGAGAAGGACUCAGUCCAAUCUCAACAGUAAGUAUGAAAAUAACAAACUUUAUUAUAGUCUAUUAAAAAACAUAUCUUUAUCUACCUACCUGUCUGUUCCCAAGCUUGCCUUAUAGUUUUUAAAAGGAAAGAAAGGGUUCCUUUGCUGAUCUAACACAGUGUGUUUGACUUAUUUCACCAAAGGAAAAACUUACAAGAAGUAAUUAUAAAAAACUUGAACUAUCCCUCAUUGUUGGACAAUUUGCAAAACUAGGUAGGUAGCUACUGACAGUUAUUUCCCCCCCCCCCUCUCUAGUUGGCAUAGAAGACAACCUGUUAUUUGAUGAUUUUAUUUUAUUGUUAGAAACCAAUCCUAAUUUUCCCAUUAGAGUGUUGCAGGGCACUAUUCGCCUUAGCCCUUGCAAUGAUGACCAAAUAUAUCAUACAGACCCUACUCAGGCGAGUGAGAAUUUAGCCUUGUUGAGCAGAAAUCCAAUGAACGUCCAAUGGUGAAUACAUUUUAAACUCUAGAGUGUGUGUGUGCGUGUGUACACACACACCACUUGAGCCAUGCACUCUCUAUCCACAAAAUGAAAUGACCAACUCACCUGGUCUUCUUUUCAGAUAGUUAACUAUUUAUUCACCAAACAGUAUGCAGCUAUUACAGUCAGGUCAACAUAUCAGUCCACUUACUGGGAUGUUUGGCAAAUAAACAGUUGAAUACCUAAUUGUAAAAUGGUGUGAGUGCCAUCUCCUUUGCAUUUGUGUAUGUGUAUUUAUGAAGGGACAGAUAGGCAUUUUAACAAUAUAUCUCUUCUAUACACAAUUAUUUAGGCUGGCAAUAGCUAACCUUUUGGCACUGCAGUGGUUUUAAAUAAUAGUUAUCAUCAUGACCAUCAUGCUGUUUGGCUACGUAUCAUGCACUGUAGUGGUUAUGAUGUUUUGGAGUGUUCCUUUAAAAUUAUGCGUAUGCAAAAAUGACUGAACAUUUUAACCAACUAAAUAACUUAUGAGUUGUAGUUUGAACAACAAUGUUUUGAGAAUAGUGUACAAAUAUAUAAUCAUCCUCUGCACCUCUAUAUAUAAUGUGCUGCAUUGUUUGGUCAUAUUUAUAACUAACGUUUAAACUUUCCAUGAUUUUAUGUGAUUCCUUCACCGUGAAUAUAUCCUUGAGGCCCCACAGACUUUGAGUGGCUAUCGUCCAGUUCAAAAGUGGGUUUUAUAGUCACAGCAUCACUUUCUCUGCCCGCACUCAAUCCUUAUCACCACACUAUAUUGACAGUAACUAUUUUUGUACACUUAUAAUGAGCUUGCAUUCAACAGCAGUACUGUAUUUUCCUAAUAAAGCAUCAUACUAUGAUGUCCUUUCUCUUGAGAGUGAACAGCUUGUGCAAGUGUCGUUAAAAACACCCAUGGUGUUUUCAAAUGUGUUGCUAGCCUCAAUGGCAUUAUCCUAAAAUGGAACAGGGAUGUCCUAAACUCUUGAAACCAAUAAUCUCGGCUCAUGUGGCAACUAUUCCUAAGUCCCUCCCUGCUUGAAGCUAGGGCACAUCACCUGCUCUUCUGUCCAGGUUGGCUCUCUGCCCCAGUUAGCAUUUUUGUUUUCUAAUGAAUAGGUUUUUUUUGUGUUUUUCCAGUUCCAUAAGUAUUUAAUAAUUAGUUUGACAUUAUAAUAGCAUAAAGUAUGUGUUUUGUAGGGGGGGAGGGAAUUAAAUGUUUAAUGUAUUUGUCUUCUGUUUUACCUAAAUCACAAAACCACACCUAUUGUGAAUGGCAACUAUAAUUAUACAACACCUAGGCAGCUGCACCUAGUUUUGUAAUGCAGCUUACCUUGGCUUUGUGUCUGUUCUGACCAACCGUUUGCAGUAUUAAUAAACAAAAGUUCCAUGACUUCACAUGACAACAUGAACAAGGGAAUCCCUUCAGAGACCAGUCUCUGAUGGUGUGUGCUAUGACUAGAGAAUUUUGCUUGAGUUCAGUGUCUAUACCUACUUGUUUUGUGCAGGUGCUGUGGGCGCUUAACAUUUGGAGCUUGGUGGGGUUCUAUCAUUUUUUUUUUUCCCAUCAUUAUUUUAUUAUUUUAUUAUCACACAAUGCACAUAAACAAUUUUUUUUUAUUUUUUUUGUGGUAGUUUAGUUGUACCAUUUUUAUUGUACAUAUAUGUUCUAUAACUCUCUGGCCAUUAAAAGGUUAAAAAUUGAGCAGUUUGACAGAAGAGUUGGUGUCUUGCUGUGCAGUAGCUUGUCCUCUGCAUGAGAACAUGUAAUGCAUGUAUGCUAAGCAACUCACUGCACUCACAUUCUAGAUUCUGCACUCCUAACUCACAUCUCAAGCCUCCCACGCAGCACCUAAAACACCCACGUACAUAAAUAACUCAUUGCAUAGCCCUGAUCAUUCAUGUACAGUAUUCACUUCACGUACUCUGCACUGUCCUCUGAAAACACUGAUCAAAAUGUGCGGAGCGUAUCUCAUAUAAAUUAUAUGCAUGUUAUAUUGGUUCAUGAUUUAUUGUAUUGAUCUUUGUGCUUCCAUACCACCGCUUUAAUAGGAUGUUUUGAGGAGAAUGCACACUGCAAGGUGGCAUGUCUUUUAAAUAUGUAUCUUCAAUGUGUGUUUGAGUGGCAUGCCUUAACAGAUUUUUCAACUUUUUUUUUUUUUGUUUUGUUUUUAAAUACCAUUUUAUGUGUAUUUUGGAACUUUGAUAUAGACAGAUAGUAGAUAAUAGACUGCUUGGUUUAGGUAUUUCUGUAAUUAAAUCCUUUGAGUAGCAACAUGUUAAGUAAUUGUUGCAUCUCUGCUAUACAUUUGUAAAACUGUCAUUUCCCUCCAUUAUUGAAUGCUUUCACACAGGACCAACAAGAGUAGGCAACCCAGGGUAUUUCACACGGGGUGUUUGAUCGUUUAAGUAUGGCUAUGUAAUCACUAUUUUCUGUCAGUAAUCACACAAAACAAAUUAAAUUUUCCUGUAAUUUUUGUAUCCCUGUUGUGUAUAGAGAUAAAAAUUACUUAGACUGCAGCAAUGAUCCACAUGUAUAAAAAUUUCAAACUAGAUACUCUGUCAGUUAUUUCAUAGGAGAUAUUGCAACCGUUUUCACACCACCAUUUUUGCCUCUAUUCAUUGCAAUGAUUUGUGAUUACUGUGUGUGUGUGUAUGUGUAUCUGUCUCGUUUGUUCCUUAGCGUUGCAUGACCCCACCCUCCUCUCCCUUUUUAUACCUUCACCUUAUUGGGUAGGCCCUUUUAAUUUACAGGCCUACUGCUACGUUGGUGCCGGCACACCACAACAGACCUUUCCUCUUCUUACACCUUGUUACUCUCCUUACACUCUUGAUUUGGCUUUUAUGCCCUUAUCACAUCACAGCAGUAGGCCUGUAAAUGAAAAGAGCCCACCCAAUAAGGUGAAGGUAUAAAAAGGAGAGGAGGGUGGGGUCAUGCAACGCUAAGGAACGAACGGGACAGAGGGAGGUAAGUAGUGGGCUUAAAAAUGCCCCUCCCACAACUGCAGGCCAAGCCUUUACAUAUAUGUUCUCUCUCGUUCUCUCUCGUUCUCUCUCUCUCUCUCGUUAAGUUUUGGAGGGUGAGGUUGAAGAACAUCAUUUGGAAUGCACCUUACUUUUCACUUACUGAGCUUAUGUGUCAAGGCAGUGUAACACUCAACCAAAUCAAAGUUCUUCAGAAAACUAUUUGGGCUUCUAUCAGCCUGAGUUUUGUGAACAGGGCAGUAUGUGACAGUCUCUUGUACCACAGAUCACUCAGGAAUGUUACUUCAGUUUAUUAAUUUUUUUUUAUUCUCCAACCAGAAAAUGAAGGGAACGGAUGUCUGGUUGUGUGCAGCACAAGCAUGCCAAACACAACUUGCAGAGUAAAAUGUCAUUUGUAAAUAUGUAAGAUUGUCUCGUUUGGGCAGGAUCCUAUUCAACUACCUUUUCAGUAUGUCAAGCAUGUUUUGUUUUGUUUACUUAUUGUACAGCACUCUGCAAUAUGUUGGUGUUUAUAGAAAUACUUGUAAUUCUAUUAAAGUAUACUGUUGGAGUUUGAGUGUUAGUAUACAGAGUGGAGAAGCUGAAAAGGGACAGUCCGCUGCCCAAAUACACUAAAAACAAUGUCUAGUAGACAUACCAUCAAUGAAAACAUGCAGACAUUUAAUUGUGUAUUUUUUUUUUCAUUGGGGGUAUUUCUAAUAUCACCUAGCAGAAGAGGCAGAUCUCUUGUCUGAAGCCUUUGCAAGCCCUCCCCUUCCAACCCCAUCCAGGCUUUCUGUGGUUGUCCAAUCACAGACUUCCCAAUACAACUCUAUGAGAAGUCUUUGCAAAGCAGGUGCUCUGAGCCAUUGUCUGCCUUUUAAGUGUAGCUCUGCUGAGCCAAGCAACCAGGAAGUAACAGAACUGGUUGUCUGGCAGCCAAGAGGGGUGUAACUAGAUUAAUUAUAAAAGUGUCAAUUUGUUUUGAAAUCUGCAUUUUUGGUAAAUGGGGAGGAGUGGAUGGAGAGCACAUACUUUUCAUACAUAAAGCACUUCAGCAAGCUGGUGUGUCAUGUGUUAGUAUGUUUUCCAUGUCAGAAUUAAACAAUACCUUGUAUCUAUAGUAAACCUAAAAUAUUUUUUCAUACAGUCUUCACCACUUAAAAAAAAAUGUAUCCAUGUGUUAACUUGUGACAUUCUCAGUGAGCUGUUUUUGCUACCUCCAAGGUGUGGGAGUCGUAUAAUUAGAUUUGAGCUCUCUUGACUUUUAUGAGAUUGAAGAAGAAGCUAUUUUUUUCUUGUAAAGUAUCGUUGCAUGUUUUAGGCCUUUAUAUGAGGUGUAAUAUGAGUACUAUAAAGAGGAAGUGAUCAAUUGCUGUGUGUCAAAUAAAACAAGGUUGAAUAAAUGUACUGUUGGUAAAGUAAUGACUUGUUCUCUUGCACACAUGUAAAACAAGUGAUAAUUUGAAUAUUUAACUUUUCAUUUGUAACUAAGAUUUGACAAAUUCAUAAUAUAAUAUAUAUAUUGUAAGGACAUUGAGAAUUAAAAAAAACAAAACUUGACAAUAGCGUAAUGCAGUCUUGCACUGAGAAGUAUUUAAAGAGUGUGUUCAACAUAGGUAUGUUUUAGCUUUUUUUUUUUUUUUUAUUGCUUAAAUUGGAUUAUGCAAUAUCACUACUUUUAUAUUGUAAUGGUCGCUUUAUGCAUUUUGUAAUUUGAGCUGUAACCUAUUCACUAGUGUAGUAUAGCAGGGUUCCAAUUAAGGAUUGAGAAAUAUAUGAAAUACAUGGUGGACGCUUAUUAGAAUGCCUGCCUGUUUGGGACAGUAAAAAAGGGCACAGCAGUUUAACGAUGGGUAUAUGAUAAAUAACUUUAGCUUAUUAGAGUGUGUUGUGAUGGUGAUUUUUGUGAUCUGUACUAAUACAUGUUUGGCAUGGGAGAACCUUGAAAUAAUUCCUGCCCCACUGUUGGAGCAGCUUGAAUUAAACUACAGUAGUAUGCUCUGAUGCACAUUCCAAUAAAUGGUUAAUUUAAAAAUUGUUAGUUCCCAGCCUCAGGCAUGAGAGGAGUACUUUUUACAGUUCUGGAAGGAUGCAGUGAACAGAAGGGAGAGCUGAAACAGAGUAUCGGGGGAAUCUGCAAAAGAUGUGAUUAUGACAGAAAAGAGAAAAAGUAAUUGGUGUUGGAAGUGGGGGGGGAAGGGGGCACAGUCAGGAAGAGAGUUGUUUAUAGUGCUUCCCUUCUUUAUUUGUUGCAGACAGUAAUUAUUUAUAGUGCAAUAGCUAAUUAUCCCCCUCUAGAGCAGAGAUGAAAAAACAGGGAAUAUCCUGUGGAAAUUUUCCCUUCUGUUAGUGGUCAACUCAUUCACAUAAUGCAUAUGUGCCUCAGUGCUUUUAAAAUGCUUUUGUUAUCCCUCCCCCGCAUGCAAACACUGCACAUUACAGUUUAAAAGCACCUUAGUGCCAGCCUAAAUAGCAAAUGUACUGUAUGCCCCUUUGACUUUGAUGAAGCAUUUUACAAGUAGAUUGCAAGCUCCUGUGCAAGUUCCAAGUUGUGUUUCUCAAGGUAUUUGCUCCUGUGCUGGCUUUACAAAUAGUGGGGGGUUAAUGUCAGGAGCAGGAGAUCCCUGUGCAGGGUUUAAUAUUCUGGGCAGGUUUAUCUGCAGUGCUGACUGAGGCCUCUCCCUCCCCAUUAAUCACCCCCACACCCUCCCUCUCGCCUUCUCUCUCUCACUCUCUCUCUCUCUCUCUCCACCCACACCCAUUGUCUCAGUGUCUCCUGCCCUGACUCAUUCACUCACUUCUCACUUUCUAAGGGGGGAGGAGGGGGGGAAGUGGCUAUAGGGAGGUAUAUGAGAGAGUUGCUUGUGUGAAGGGUCAAAACAGGAAUAAAUGUAUGGUAGGACCGAUGUACAUAAUGCAGGGUUUGGGCUGUGUGUUUAUCGCCUAUCUUUUAAGGACCAGUGAUGGAAUAAUAAAGAAAAGGUGUAUAGGGCAGUCACAUGUCAAAGUGCAUGUGCAAAACAUUCUUAGGCGUGAUUGUCAUUUAAAAAAAAAAAGUUACUUACGCACUAUCCCAAAUCCCUAUGCACAUUUGAAUAAUUGGAGGCUUUUAGUAUCAUUCCAAUGGCCAUCAAAGGGUAAGCUCUCCUGCCAUGUCAAGGUAAAACCUCUUAGGUAAGUCCUACACUAACAAAUCACUUGCUGCUUUCAGCUAAAAGGCAAAAUCUCCAAUAAGACAGAGAGGGGUAUUUUUCUAAACCCUCCUGGUUGAGAAUAGAAGCUCCACACCCCUAACACUGAUUAACUAUUAACAGGAAACACAUGGGAUGAGCAGCAACACUGUAACAUGGCUGUGUAAUACAAAAGCACACUUAAAGGACCACUCUAGGCACCCAGACCACUUCAGCUUAAUGAAGUGGUCUGGGUGCCAGGUCCAGCUAGGGUUAACCCAUUUUUUCAUCAACAUAGCAGUUUCAGAGAAACUGCUAUGUUUAUGAAUGGGUUAAGCCUUCCCCCUAAUCCUCUAGUGGCUGGCUCAUUGACAGCCACUAGAGGCGCUUGCGUGCUUCUCACUGUGAUUUUCACUGUGAGAGCACGCCAGCGUCCAUAGGAAAGCAUUAUGAAUGCUUUCCUAUGUGACCGGCUGAAUGCGUGCGCAUUCAGCCGACGGGGAGGAGGAGAAGAGGAGGAUCGGAGGAGGAGAGCUCCCCGCCCAGCGCUGGAAAAAGGUAAGUUUAAACCCCUUUCCAGAGCCGGGCGGGAGGGGGUCCCUGAGGGUGGGGGCACGCUCAGGGCACUAUAGUGCCAGGAAAACGAGUAUGUUUUCCUGGCACUAUAGUGGUCCUUUAAACUUACAAUAGUAAGCUCUGUGCUCAAACUCACGCUACUACUGGGUGGCUUCAAUGACUAAAGUACUCCUUAAACCCAAAAACAUGAUCAUAAAAUGUUGGUCAUUUAAUAAAUUAGGGAGAGAAAUAAAGAUGGUAGGAAAAAAGGAAAGAAGAAAGGGGAGGUGAUUAAUAACAAACCAGCCUUUAAAAAUCAUAUUUCAAAUUGGCCUGCAUAUGUAACAGAUGCAGAACAGUAAAGAUUUGCGAAUGACACAGCAUUCCAUACUUUCACAGGGUCUGUAGGGGCCAGAUGGUGUCCCUAAAGUGACACUGUAGUCACCAAAGCCACUACAGCUUCAUUUGGUGGUUAUGGUGUCUAUUGCCUGUCCCUGUAUGACCUAUAAUGUAAACACUACCUUUUCAGAGUUUACAUUGGUACCUAGUAACACCUCAAUUGGCAGUCAAUCAGACAGCCCCUAGAGAUACUUCCUAGUCCUCUGCUGCACAGUGUGUAGCACUAGCGUUCAGUGUCUCCACGCUGUACAUGGAUUGCAUUGAUUCAGUGCAUCUCUAUGAGAAGAUGCUGAUUGGCGCAGCGUGGCAUUUAACUGUGUAUACGCAAUAGCUUCCCGAUGCUUUCCUAUGAGAAAACAUUGGAUUGGCUGAGAUCAUCAAGAUUGAUGAACAGGCAUGGAGGCAGGGCCAGCCACUGCGAGACCAGCGCGGCGUAGUUGAAAAGGUGAGUAAAAACACCUUUUCCUUUGCCAUGCAAGGGGGGCUAGGGACCUAAAAAUAUUUUAACGCAAUAGUGUCAGGAACGUGUGUGUGUGUGUGUGUGUGUGUGUGUGUGUUUAAUAUAUAUAUCUAUAUCUCACACUUGCUAGUGCAGUUAGUAAUGUCUGACCUUAAAGGGACUCUCCAGUGCCAGGAAAACAAUCCGUUUUCCUGGCACUGCAGGUCCCCUCUUCCUCCCACCACCCAUCUCUGGUUUCUGAAGGGGUGAAAACCCCUUCAGUUACUUGUCUAAGACCCCCGCCGAUGUCCCUCGGCGGUGGUUUCGGGUCGCCGCCACUCCUCCUCUUCAUUACGUCAGCUGGUGGGCGAGACUGAUCCCGCCCACCGGCUGAGACCUAAUUCGCAUGCGCGUCAAUGUCGCACACGCGCAUUAGAGCUCUCCAUAGGAAAGCAUUGAAAAUGCUUUUCAAUGCUUUCCUGAGGGGAAUUGAGCAACGUUGGAGGUCCUCACACAGCGUGAGGACGUCCAGCGAUGCUUUAGCACAGAAAAUCUGUGCUAUAGACACAGAAGUGCCCUCUAGUGGCUGUCUAGUAGACAGCCACUAGAGGUGGAGUUAACCCUGCAAGGUAAUUAUUGCAGUUUAUAAAAAACUGCAAUAAUUACACUUGCAGGGUUAAAGGGCCACUAUAGUGCCGUGAGGGUGCCCCCACCCUCAGGGUCCCACUCCCGCCAGGCUGGAUGGCGAGGAAAGGGUUACAUCUUACCUUUUCUACAGCACCAGGCGGGGAGCUCUCCGCCUCCUCUCCUCCUCUUCGGCUGAAUGCGCAUGCGCGGCAGCAGCUGCGCGCGCAUUCAGCCAGUGUCAUAGGAAAGCAUUCAUAAUGCCUUCCUAUGGACACUUGGGUCUUCUCACUGUGAUUUUCACAGUGAGAAGCAUGCAAACGCCUCUAGCGGCUGUCAGUGAGACCGCCACUAGAGGCUUUAGAGGCUGGAUUAACCCUAUUAUAAACAUAACCGUUUCUCUGAAACUGCUAUGUUUAUAAAUAAAAAGGGGUUAAUCCUAGAGGGACCUGGCACCCAGACCACUUCAUUAAGCUGAAGUGGUCUGGGUGCCUAGAGUGGUCCUUUAAGAGUACAAUUCAGUCAUUUGAAUCCACCCACAAUAGUGAUCUCACUGAUUUCGGUGAGAUAUGGGUAUUCCCAGAUUCCUCUCAUGGGAAGUGAGUACCAGCGAAGAAUAUGUUCAGGGAAAUAAAAACCAACUUCUUCUACACCAUGCAGCCACCAAAACGCAAACGAAGCAAUCACCAUCUGGGUUCUUAGCAAAAUAUGCAGAUACCCCAGAAGGUUACAGAGUCCAGGCACACAGAUUCCAUCCUACUGCAGACGUUUUGUUCAAAUAAGCAUGACGUUACAGCCUUUCUCAAGACAUGAUUGGAGAAAGACUGUCCAUAUCAGCCGAAACGUUGUCAUGUUGUGCUUAUUCCAGUAAAAUGACUGCAGUGUGAUGGAACCUAUGUGCCUGGACUCUCUCUGCAUUUAGAAGUGGGAUGCCUUCUCCUGAGCCUGGAGCACCAGUAUAUUAUUUGGAUUAAUUACCUCAUAGGACUUGUGCAGUCAUUACUGGUAACAUAUUUAAAAAUGAUUGGUGGCACACUUAGCUCCUGGUUCAAGCCGCUAUUGCGGCAUGUUAAAGGCUUUUGCUGAAUAUCUCAAUCUUGACACAUCCAGCAAUUGUGUUUACAGAGUCUGCUCUGGCAUUAACUCUCUAGGACAAGCUGUCACAGAGAUUUGAUGCCUGUCACCCAGUUCUGCAGGCUCUGUACACAGUAUAGAAUACCAGGCUAUUGCUGACCUACCUUGCAAUAAUAUCUUUCUGCAACACUGCCUGAUUGGCUCCCAGGCUGAGUGGCCUUGGCUAUCAGUGAUGCUAAAGUUAGAAAUUGAGUCAGUCGUGUGAUGCUGGUGAGCCUGUGGUGACACAUAGUGUUACGUCAUCAAAAAGCUUUGGGAAGCAAGCAAAGAGACAUGACAUGGUGUCUCCAACUUGACCUUGUUAGUUACCCAAAAAUCAAUAUGUUUACAGUUUCGCUGUUCUUGGGAGAUAAAAGAAUACAAAUCUAAAACUUUUUAAGUAGUAGAACAUGCAAGCCCUGUACUAUUCACCAUUUAAAGUUCAAUAUGUAUGUGAAAAUUCCAUAGAGAAAAUGCAUUUAUUGCUUAAUUUCCCAGAAUUUGAUAGUAAAAUGGCCCAGUGAUAAGAGUUAAAGGGUGACUCCAAGGACCAUGACAACUUCAGUGAUUUCCUUCUUUGUCUGAGAGCAGGCAGCUGAGCUAUUUUAGUAAUGUGUUGCCAUGUUGGGGUGCAGUUGGGGACUAUUAUUUUGUCCAACAAGUGACAGGGGUUUAGUAAAUAAAUCUGUGAAAACAUUUAUGGAUUUACUGUAGUUGGGGGCAGUAACGUAAUCCAAAUCUGUGGUAGCGGCACAUGGUUUUUGAAGCUUCCUGCAAAAACUAUAAACACAAAAAUGAACUGUAACCAUGAGCUGUAACAGUAGCUGGUGAUACAGUGGUUAAAGGUUAAAGCAAAUUUGAGGCAGUAUAACCAAAAUUUACUUGGACCUGCCUGUCAUCUGCUGUUGCAGCCCCUGCCUCUAGUCUUCUUAUGCAGGAAUAUCUUUUAUCCCUAUAGACCUAGAAACAUAGAAACAUAGAAUGUGACGGCAGAUAAGAACCAUUCGGCCCAUCUAGUCUGCCCAAUUUUCUAAAUACUUUCAUUAGUCCCUGCCUUAUCUUAUAGUUAGGAUAGCCUUAUGCCUAUCCCACGCAUGCUUAAACUCCUUUACUGUGUUAACCUCUACCACUUCAGCUGGAAGGCUAGUCCAUGCAUCCACUACCCUCUCAGUAAAGUAAUAUUUCCUGAUAUUAUUUCUAAACCUUUGUCCCUCUAAUUUAAGACUAUGUCCUCUUGUUGUGGUAGUUUUUCUUCUUUUAAAUAUAGUCUCCUCCUUUACUGUGUUGAUUCCCUUUAUAUAUUUAAAUGUUUCUAUCAUAUCCCCCCUGUCUCGUCUUUCCUCCAAGCUAUACAUGUUAAGAUCCUUUUAACCUUUCCUGGUAAGUUUUAUCCCGCAAUCCAUGAACCAGUUUAGUAGCCCUUCUCUGAACCCUCUCUAAGGUAUCAAUAUCCUUCUGAAGAUACGGUCUCCAGUACUGUGUACAAUACUCCAAGUGAGGUCUCACCAGUGUUCUGUACAAUGGCAUGAGCACUCCCCUCUUUCUACUGCUAAUACCACUCCCUAUACAACCAAGCAUUCUGCUAGCAUUUCCUGCUGCUCUAUUACAUUGUCUGCCUACCUUUAAGUCAUCAGAAAUAAUCACCCCUAAAUCCCUUUCCUCAUAUGUUAAGACCUAUAAGCAAGACCAUGCAGGAGUGCACUUAUUGGCUGAACGCAUAAGCCACUCAGCACAGUCCUGGGUCUGCCCUGCUUUAUUCUAUAGAUACGUACGACUCCUCUUGCAGCCCCAAGGGACCCAGGUAAAUUGUCAAACUGUAUGACAAUGGUUUGCCUAGUAGAGCAAGUGCACACCAGUACUGUAGUGAUUAUGAUCAUUGGAGUUAAAGGAAUACUAUAGGGUCAGGAACACAAAUAUUCCUGACCCUAUAGUGUUAAACACACCAUCCACCCCCAAAGCUCCUCCAUUGCCCUCUUAAAUAUAGUCAAAUAUUACCUUUUUCACAGUCUGUUGGUGCUGGCUCUGCCUCUGAUCUGUCUCCAUGGUUGUCAUAAUUAGAAGUGGUGAUCUCAGCCAAUCACAAUGAUUGCCAAGGUGACAUAUCAGAGGCAGAGCCAGUACAAGCCAAACAUAGCCCUGGCCAAUCAGCAUCUCCUCAUAGAGAUGCAAUGAAUCAAUGCAUCUCUAUGUAGAAAGUUCAGUGUCUGCAUGCAGAGGGUGGAGAUACUGAAUGGCUGUGCUGCACACUAGGCAGGACUGCCCCAGGAAGCACAUCUAGCAGCCAUCUGAGGAGUGACCAGUGGAGGUGUCCCAGAGGCUGUAGUGUAAACACUGCCCUUUUUCUGAAAAAUUGUGUUUACAGAAAAAAACCUGAAAGGACUGAUUAUAAUCACCAGAACAAACACAAUAAGCUGUAGUUGUUCUGGUGACUAUAGUGUCCCUUUAAAUUAAGUGUCCGAAUGCUCUUAGUUAAAUAGUCUAGGCCUAGCGGAUCAACUUUCUACAAAUAUAUACUUUUGAAUAGUCUCAAAAUGGGUGCACUUGAAUAGAAAGUGUUAAAUUUACUCGGUCACCAAUGCAGAGAAUUUCAACUCAAUCAGUUGAGAACCAGAAACGUUUGAGAACAGGAUGUAGAUGUGUGUGUAUAAGCUGUCAAAACUGCAGGACCCUCAUCAAUGUUCACAUCCAUAAUAUGAAUUAUCUAUCCACUUGUUUUAUGUUAAUUGUUUUCUGCUUUGCAACAUGCUGAAAUUUAAAUUGUACAUUAUUUAGUCAUAAGAGAAUAUGUGUGGAAAAGCAAUAAAUAACUUGAUGGGUUUUCUAUAUAUAAAAGUAAUUAUGGGGACAAAGUCUUCAAAAUGCAGCAGUCUCCAUGAAAACCAGUGAAAUAUUAAUGCAGAUUUCUCCCAUUUAAAGCUUUUUACUAGAAUAUAUAUUUUACCCCCAAUAUUUUCUAAUGAAAUCUGGGUUAUAUGCUUUUCAUUCAUCUAAUCCCCUGGCACUUCAGACAGUAUAUUCGCCCCUCCCUAUUUGCCUUCCACUUUAAUUACUGACUCAGCAUUCCAAAUAUUAAUUAAUGAUCUGCAGCAGCUUCCCAUUCACUCCCGGUAAUCUGCUCACAAGAUGUUAUUUUCCAUUUAAAGAAAAUUUAGAAGGCAGCACAUAUUCCACACACACCAUUAAUCAGGAACCAGCUCCCCUAAUUAAGACUUCCGACCCCUCGGUCUAGGAAAUUUUUGCUGGGGAGUGAACACAAUGGAUUCUCUCCAUGUCCCUGAAUAAGGGUUGCCACUAACAGGGGAAGGUUGGCAACUUGUGGCCUGGGAGGCAAAAACAACUUAGUAGCCCAUAGUGGAAUUUUACCAACCCACCCGAUAACAUCAGCGAUCACAAACACAAACAAAAUAGAUGUGUUGAUAGACGUACACAGUAGUUUAAUACUCUCUAUUCAAGUACUAUGCACUUGGGCAUUUAGAUGUGAAAAGUGGUUAGAGAGCAGCCUGGGGACCAAUUGCCUAGCCCACUUGACACUUGGACAUUACUGAUCAAUAAGGGAGAACUCCCCAACCAGGCAAGCAUUGAACAGAGUUCUGAAGGAUUCCCAACAAAGGAAUGCCAUUAAUGCAUUAAAUGCAUAAACCUUGAUACAUCAUGCCAAUGAGCAUUAAAUGCAUAAACCUUGAUACAUCAUGUCAAUGAGCAGUAAAUGCAUAUUCCUUGUAUAUCAUGCCAAUGUGCAAUAAAUACAGAAAGUGAACACUCUGGCCCCAGCCUCUCUGUGCCAUUGCUCUAGCCUCUUUGUAAUAAGUUUAGUACAUCAUUCCAAGUGUAGUAAAUGCAUAAUUUUGUCAUAUCAUGAGCAGUAAAUGCAUAAAAUUUGUAUAUCAUCCUAAACAACCUGUCAGUGCCACCUCUCUGGCCCCCGCCUCUGUGCCAUCGUUCUGACCCUGACAGCUCUGUGCCAUCAUGCCAAUGAGCCAUUUGUGCCUACAAGAAAACCUGAGAGUGCUCUCUCUCUGCCCCCAGCCUUUGUGUGCCAUCGUAUUGCCCCCAUGUGCUCUGCCAUCACUCUAUCAUGCCAAUGAGCCUACAAAAAGCUUGAGUGCUUUCUGUCUGCCUCUAGCUUCUCUGUAACAUCGCUCUGGUCCCGGCAGCUCUGUGACCUCUAUCUGCCCCAAACCAGCUUGCUCAGGCACCCUGAUGGUAUCAACAGCAACUUGCUCAGGCACCCUGAUGGUAUCAACAGCAACUUGCUCAGGCACCAAGAUGGCAUCAUCAUCGAGAAGCCUGUCCAACACAUAAUUCCAAAUAGUAGUGUUUCACAUACAUACUCCUAUCACCUUAACCUUUUCAAAUCACUGUUUAAAAAAAAAAUAUAUAUAUAUUAUUAUUAUUAUUAUUAUUAUUAUUAUUAUUAUUAUUAUUAUUUUAAUUGUUGAAUUUGACAAAUGAUAAAAUUAUUCAGCUCUGUUAUUUUUCCAGAACAAAUAUGCUGGAUACGGCUGGACAAAUCUAAAAAAGAAACAUAAACAAAAUAUACUGUAAUACAAUAAAUACAGUCAGUUAUGCGCCACGCAUAAGUGCGCUCACAAGGUGUCUCCCCCAAGGUUGUGGGGGGCUAUUGGUCCCACUUUCCACUUCAAGGUAGUAGAUGGAUCACCAGGACCAUUUGUUCUUUCAUUUUAUCCUAGGCUGAUGGUGAUUGUUCACUUUUUACAAAAUAAAAUUGCUGAUUUUUUUAAAUUUUUUUUUUAUUUUUUUUUUUUGAGGAGGGGUAGCGAUCUUGGGAGGCUGUUUAUGACUCUGAUCGAAGUAUCGUUUAUACUUCUAUUUCACUACACUUACUGACACUGUGGUGAUAUACUGUUUUUCAGUUAUUUUUCCAGUUUGGCUCUUUUGGUGUAUCAUUUACAACCCUAUUGUUAUGUCUACAUCAUUCUUUAGUAAAUACAUCCUCUGUUGUUUACUUACCUCUGAUGUACAUAGGAAUGCACCAAAAUUUCGGCUGCUGACUUUUUCAGCAGAAAAUGGACAUAUCCCAUUUCGGCCGAAAAUGGAUCAAAUCUACAAAAUAGGGCAAAGUCACUUGUCAGGUCCUCUGUCCUUGACCGCGGACCCGACAUCGAGAUGGGGGCCCGGCGGCUUGCCCUGUGUGCCGUCUGGUGCGAGGCCCCUCCCGUCUGCCUGGGGAGAGAGCCUGUACAGUCUGCAGCUCCUCCCGGUGUGAGCUGCAAACUUUGCUUUAUUUCGCGAUCUCUGGCCAGUUGGAGCAUUACCAUGGCAUCUCUCUGACUUCUAGAUAUCGCGAGAUGCAGCACAGUCUGCAGUUCACACCGAGCGGAGCUGCAGACUGGAGAGAUGGACCACCAGGGAGCCAGGUCACUGGACCACCAGGGAAUGAAAGGUAUUACGAACACCCUCCCUCACUGCCACCAGUCACCCCGUCACUCUGCCACUAGUCACCCCCUCCCUCAGUCACCGUCACCAGUCACCCCCUCACUCUGCCACCCGUCACUCCCUCCCACACUCUGCCACCUGUCACCCCCUCACUCUGGCAUCCCUAUCCCCACACUGUCUUACCCAUACUACAUCCCUAUCCCACCCCACACUGUGACCUACACCCCUAUGACACCCCACAUUAUGUGCCCUACUCACUCUACAUAACCUACAAACAUACAAACUAAAUCCCUAUCCCACACCACACUGUGUUCCCUACACACACACACACACACACACACACUAUAUAACCUACACACUACAUCCCUUUCCCACACCUCACUAUAUUCCAUACAUACUACAUAACCUACACACAUCAUUUGGGGGAGGGGGGGAAUUGUUUUCAGCCAAGGGCAUCCUGAAUUUUCAUUUCCGUGCAUCCCUAGUUUUAUACCUUGUUUAUUUGUUGUUAUAACCGCAUUGUAAAGUGCUUUAGAAUAUCUUGUCGCUAUAUAACAACCUUCUUUCAUUGCUCCCUGACAACACCACUCCUUACUUCCCCACAAUGUAAUUCAUUCUGGAUACUGAUUUGGACCCCCUCUGCUGUUGUGGGCUGUUAUAAAGCUAAUCUCCUAAUAGGUUAUUACAGAGUUAUUGGUGAUUAUGGCCGCUUGCUGACUUUUUAUCUUAGGCUUGUUAUGAGCUGGAGGGAGCCCAGCCUGGUGUUUAAUCUUUUGUGCCUGAGCUAGCUAUCUUUGUGAAAGCUGAGGGUUUGCUAACUUUGGAUUCUCUACUUUGUCCCCUCACUCCCCUUUAAAAAAAAAUUAUUUUUUUUAAAUUACUAUUUGAAGGUCAAAUCAUCUAUUUAUUAAAUCACAUGUUGAUUUUGCAGGCCUCCAGUCAUCAGAGAGAAGGGAAUGACACUUGGUCUUCAAUGCACCAUGUUUAGCGGUUGCUGUGAAUUUAAACAGUGGGUGCCUGCAGUCAAUCUUGCCCCAAACUAUUUGCAUGGCAAGCUUGUGAGUCCUAAUGUUUAAAAUUGAUUUUUUGAGAAGGGAACAGGCCAUCUUUCGUGUUCCUUUUCAACAAAGAAAACCCUGCAUAGAAAUUAUUUUACAUGUCAAAUGUUUCCCCAUUCAUAUUUUUGUCAGGCCAAAUUCAUUUUAGCCUUUAGCUAUGUGGCACAAGGGGAGGGCAGUGAUAGGCAGAAUGCUUUUGUUUCCAUUGUAGCAGAAAUAAUUGUUAAACAUUUCUAUGUUGCGAUCAAAACUAUUGUCAAGUCAGACUAUUGAGGAGACUAUUGACAGAACACCUUUUGACAGCUGACAAGGCCCUUAUUUCUAUAUAUUGGAAGUCAUCUGGUGUCCUUUCGAGGCUACAACUUGUCUGCCAAAGUUUAGGUAUGUAGUGUUAGGGUGAAUUUUUACGCAAUUUUGGGACAUGCUGCCAGAUAUGCAGUAACCUGGCUAACAUAGGGGACAGCUUCUGCAUUCAUAUUGCAGCUUCCUCCUCUGCAAGUUAAAAGCCCAUCAACUGUGGAGGGCGGAAUAAGAGAUCCUGGAUCACCCUGCUCUGUCUGUUUUACCUCCCCCCUCCCUUUUUUUUUUUUUUUCUCCCCCUCACUUUCCACAAAUCUUUCAUCUCAUAUAUAAUUUCCUUCUUCCUUUUUAUGUGCACUUUGGUCUAUUUUCACUCAUAUCACCUGAUGGAAAAAAUGUCUGACAGUUAUAAUGGAUAAUCACAUGACCAUCCAUCAAUGAUUAUCCAUAAAUUCAUUGCAAAUAUCCAGCUGAAUCAUGAAAUAUUUUAUAUAUAUAUAUAUUCUAGAAAAAAAAUUAUGCAUCUCAUCAAGAUACAAUUAAGGAUUAUUUUGCCUGAGACUUAUGGGAUUUUUCCUGUUGCUUCUACUGUUCUACUGUAUUGUAUAAAUUGUGGCUCAUCAGACCAUAUUUUUGCUACCGGUAUGUAUUUGACCUAUUGUUAAGGACCUCUUUCACAUUUAGGUGUUCCCACACAGAUUAUACAUUUUAUUAUAUUUAUUUAAUAUUUAAAAAAAUAAUAAUAAAAUAGACAUGAGUUUCUCCUGAUGUUUCAUCGGUGACUUUUUUUUAUAACAGUAUGCAAUUUUAGUAAUGUUUGAUACGUCUUUUGGUUUCAUCCAACUUGUUUUAGAACACAUUUUUUAUUUAUUUUUCAAAACGGUAGGUACUUAGUGUAACAGAAAAGUAAAGAAAAACCUCUAAUUAUUCACUUGCACAAAGAAAAUGGAAUCUGAUCCAGAAAGCAUUAUAGUAGAUAAAGAUAGGAUAAAAGCACAAUUGGUAGGCCGAGUAAGUGGGCAUUCUACAUAAUACUACCAAUACUUGGAGAAAUAUGAUAUUAUGCUAAACUUGUAAAACUAGAGCAAUCUCAAUUACCAUAAUCGUUCCUGGUAAAAUAUUUUAUAAAUCGAUAUUGGCAAAGGAAAGUUGGGAGAUAUUUAUCAAAGUGUUCUGAAAAAGGACCGUUAAAAACCAUCAUUAUUUUGAUAAUUAUAGUUUUUGUAUAAAUUUCCAUUUCACGAGACUUUCCCAGUUACUGUGGUGGUGGGGAAAAAGAAAAGCAUGAAACUUUUUUGUUGGAGAAAAAAGUGACUAAAAUUAUUAAAGGGACACUAUAGGCAUGUAGACCAGUGCAGUUCACUGGGGUGAUCUGGGUGCAGUGUCCCAGGUCCCUUAACCCUAGCAGGUAACUAUUGCAGUUUUUAAGUAACUACAGUAAGUACUUGCUAGGGUUAACUCCACCUCUACUUUCGGUUGCCUAACUGACGCUGGACGUCCUCACGCUAUGCAAACUCCAUUUUGAAUAAUGCUUUUCUAUGAGGAAAUCCUAAUGAGUGUGCAGUCAUUGGUGCGCAUGCACAUAAGGUCUUCCACGACGGCAGGGGAGGAGAGAAGGCGGACCAGAGCCAGCUUCAUUCUAGCCUUUAGCUAUGUGGCACAAGGGGAGGGCAGUGAUAGGCAGAAUGCUUUUGUUUCCAUUGUAGCAGAAAUAAUUGUUAAACAUUUCUAUGUUGCGAUCAAAACUAUUGUCAAGUCAGACUAUUGAGGAGACUAUUGACAGAACACCUUUUGACAGCUGACAAGGCCCUUAUGUCUAUAUAUUGGAAGUCAUCUGGUGUCCUUUCGAGACUGCAACUUGUCUGCCAAAGUUUAGGUAUGUAGUGUUAGGGUGAAUUUUUAUGCAAUUUUGGGACAUGCUGCCAGAUAUGCAGUAACCUGGCUAACAUAGGGGGCAGCUUUUGCAUUCAUAUUGCAGCUUCCUCCUCUGCUGCUCGGUUUUUAACACUUUUGCACCACGUGCGGAUGCCUCAACGGAGGGGGAAGCUAUAGUGCCAGGAAUUUUUUUUUUUUUUUUUUUCCUGGCACUAUAGUUUCCCUUUGAAUCUGUGAUCCGUGAGUUUUGCAUGACUGAAAAAAAUUGUGUGUUUUAAGAUGACAGGACAUAUAGCAUAAACAGGUGAAAAGUCAGACAGAUGUAAUAAAUUGCAUCACAAAUACUCUGAAAAUCAUCUUCAAUUAAUCUGUAGGUCCUUCUGUGAAUUUUACAUUAAGAAAAAUAAUUUUUGCCCCCACCCUCAGGGACCCCCUCCCACCGGGCUCUGGGGAGAGGAAGGGGUUAAAAUCUUACUUUUCUCCAGCGCCGGGCGGGGAGCUCUCCUCCUCCUCUCCGCCUCUUCUCCUCCUCUUUGGCUGAAUGUGCAUGCGCGGCAGGAGCUGCGCGCGCAUUCAUCCAGUCUCAUAGGAAAGCAUUGCUUUCCUAUGGACGCUUGCGUCUUCUUACUGUGAUUUUCACAGUGAGAAGCACGCAAACGCCUCUAGUGGCUGUCAGUGAGACAGCCACUAGAGGCUUUAGAGGCUGGAUUAACCCUAUUAUAAACAUAGCAGUUUCUCUGAAGCUGCUAUGUUUAUAAAAAAAAAAAAAGGGUUAAUCCUAGAGGGACCUGGCACCCAGACCACUUCAUUAAGCUGAAGUGGUCUGGGUGCCUAGAGUGGUCCUUUAAGAAAGGCAUUCCCCACGAAACUAGUUGAAGUGGGGGACAUGACUGCUGCCUCGAGGGGUUCACAUGGUUUUAAUGUUAGUAAGGAGCAGGGAAUGUUGGGGAAAAGUGAGAAAAUUUACCAGUCUGAAGCAGUGCACGGCUGAUGGAUCCUAGCUGUGCUCUUUCCCACCCUACAUUUUGUAUCUGCUAUGGUUUGCUUGUUGUGUUCUUUCUUUCAUUUCGUCACAGCUGCAGUAUUCCCUUGCCAGCGGCAAUAAAUGGAGGUUGCCCGGAGAAACUUGGGCAGUCAUAGUCUGCUGGUUGAGGAUGAAUGCUCUGGAGUACAUGUUAAUGGUAGCUGUCUGCUGGUCAUUUCAGCAGCUGACAAUAUGUUUUACGUUGCUAGAAUUUGUUAAUAACAAGUUGUGGCCAUUGCUUUUUUCUAUUUUAAAUGGUGUUGUGUGUUUGUUGGGAAAGGGAAUGGGUCUGGGGGUUUGUUGGGUUUCGAGGCCUCAGCAGUCACGGUAAUUUUAACCAACCUGGAUAUCAUUGGCUGAGUUUGUUGAGGACGAGUUAAUAAGUAAAUGGUAGCUUAUUCUCUCCCACUAGAGACCUUAGGACAAGCCUUAGUGACCCAUUCUCCCUCACCCCUUAUCAUUGACAGUAGUCAUAUCUUCCCUUUCCAACAGUAGUAGCCCAUUCUAGCCCUAAAAAAAUCAUGUAGUGUAAAAGAUAUAUACAAGGAAAAUCUAAUGCCAUUUCGAGCCUGAGGAUAGUGUCUGCUCAAGCAUGACUAAUUAUAACCAGCCUUGGAGAAGUUAAUUAACCCUUGUACUUGAAUGAACAAUUGUAUUAAAGUAUAUCUCCAAAUUUUUAGUUUGGUUUUACAGACAGAAUAAUACAAUUAAAUAAAAAAUACAUACUAAUUUUAUCUAGUUCAGAAGGAUGAUGGGCUGAGUCAACCCUGCAAUUGAACCUGCAACCUGACUCCAACAGAUUCUACUGGUGAUAUAUCUAUGUAUACCACUGUCCUGUACUCACUUUUCAUUUGAAUUUUUCUUGCCACUGUGCACCUCCAGCCUUGGAAUUAUAAAUAAACAUGAAGGAGAGCACUCACCGGACUUGCUUUCAAACGCAAUUUAUUUACAAAACAGAUGUUAUAAAGUGACCGAAGUUUUGGAAAUAAAUUGUGUUUGAAAGUAAAGAGAACGUUACCUGCGCUGUGGCCUAAAUCCCUAUGUACAUUUAAACAAAAUGGAGGCUCUUUAGUUUUAUUCCAAUGGCAAUUUUAAUAUAAGCUCACCUGCCACAUCAAGGCAAGCCCCAAAAGGUGAGUCCUACACUAGCCAUUAAAUUUUCUGAUAUCAGCCAAGAAUCUCCUGUGAGACAGGAAGGGGUAUUUUAUAAAACCUUUCACAUUUAACCCUUUAGAGGGCUUCUACACAUACAAUAAACUUUGCUGGUAUCAGACAAAGUGUAAACAUCUCUAAUGAGACAUGAAGGGGUGUUUUAUAAACCCCUACAUACUUAUUAACCCUCAUUUUAUUGUGUCCUGAUGAAAGUUCCAGUCGGGAGCUGAAACAUUGACAUCUUUGGAUCAACUGAGAAUUAAAACGGAUUAACUAAUCCUAGAGUGACGGUAUUUUUUUUAUAUUUAUAUAUAUAUAUAUAUAUAUAUAUAUAUAUAUAUAUAUAUAUAUAUAUAUAUAUAUAUAUAUUUUUUUUUUAUUUUUUCAAAGUAUUUUUAUAUACUCAUACAUAAAUCAUUAUUAAAAGUGUAAAUACAUUUAGAAUAACGUUAAAAAUAUAUAUAUAUAUUCUGACACUCGCACACAGGUGAAGGGAAUAAGGUAUGAUAGCUCUUCUUAUAUAAAGUCAGUGUUUAUAUGUUUGUGUGAUUAUGUCCUGAUGAAAGUUCUAAUGUAAAGAACUGAAACGUUGACCGACCACCGGAUUGUAAGCAGAGUUUAUCGUUGGAAUAAACCGUACAUUAUUUUCCAAGUCCUCGAGUGCUGACAUUGUUUUGAGGGUAUUAUCUGUGCAGCCGAGCACCGGGCAGAGAACAUUAAGGAGCAGGAGUGCAAGACCUAUGGAGGAGGAGGAGUAGUAGUAGUGUGUGUGUGUGUGUGUGUGUGUAUGUAUGUAUAUACAUGUAUCAAUAAAUAAAAUUAAAUGUAAAUAAAAUGAUAUACUGGUUUAAAUUUGUUGAUAUUAAAAUAUAUAUAUCUCAAAAUACAUUUAGAAUUACGUUCUAAAUACAUAUUCCCUUAACAAACGCGGACAUACUAGGUACCUCCGACAAAAAAGGUCGUUAAGGACCGUGGACAUACUUAGUACGUCCACAGCAAAAAGGAGCCCUGGACUUACCUGGACUCAGGGAUGCCUAUACUUAUAGAGACUCCCGCAUCAACACCAGAACUUGAGGAUCUUACAUAGGGACCUUGUAUUACAAGGGACCUUGUAAUAUCUCUGGAUGUACUGGAAUUUCCCUUGGAGGUUCCAGAUUCAUCUUACUCAUCAUAGGAAUUUAGAGUCGACGUGGCCUUGAACUGUCUCCUUUUGAAUUACCUUAGGAAAGUUGUAAACCGGAAAAAUAUGUACAUCAGACUAAAAUUCCAAAUCUGAGUCAACGUAUCCUGACUUUGAGCAUUCUGGUCUUAAAAUCUAGAAAAAUAUUUCUGGACCUGGUAGUUCCGAGAAAUGGCCAUCAGGUCUACGUAGAUUAUCAGUCAAAUCUGAGUCAACCCUGAGGAUACAUUGGGACAUAGUUGCCAUUCCACCUUGUCCACAGUUAUUCGGCUUAGGUAAUCAGCUAUUGUAUUCUGAGCCCCUGGUUGUUCUUCUGUGCCCUGAUCAUCAUGAGCUGUAAUUCCCUCAUCAAUACAUAGCUGUGAGACCCACCUUGAUUGAUAUAGGAUACAGUCACAUUGAUAUUUGAGCAAAUUUGGACCCACUUGUUCUUCAGCAACCCUCUGAAGUGAAUAAGAGCCCUGAAAAUGACUUGUAAUUCCAUACAAUUGAAUGGUAAUAUUGUGCAACAUGGUCUAAACACUGUGGAACCAAUCUUUGAAAACUGGAAUCCAAGUUUUAUAAUUGACCAAUGAGGUUCUGUUCAUUGGAAACCCAGAGAUAUUUUCUCUCUUUUCAGCUACCAUGUAUAGUGUAACGCGACUGGUGACAAUGGCUGCCUCCAAUUAAUCUUUCUCUUGUUAAACCGAGAUAGGAAGGACCUUUGAGGAAUCCAGAGAUGCCAUUGGGCCCAUCUGACAAGUCUGAUGGUGGAAGCCAGGAUUCUUGGUAGUUGCAUAUACUUUCUUGCUUUUAUCAAGCAAAAAUGACGAAACUGGAAGACAAGACUUCCACAAUAUGUGAAACUGUUCCUGAGAUAGGGAAAAAGCAGAGCAUAGAAUUUUCCAACCACAAAUGUCAACCUCUGAGCUGGUGUGAAACUACUUUUCAUGAUAUUCAUCAAGCAGUCAAACUUCAGGAGUUCUGAAAGAGCUAUAUUCGUCUGUGUGCCUGCCUUCUGUGGGUCUGAGGCUGCCAGAAGUAGAUAAUCCAGAUAAUGGAACCAGGUGGUGUUCUGGACUCUUAAUAUCACUAUAAGCACAUAUAAGGUUCUUGGGGCUGCAGUGAGGCCAAAUGGUAGGGCACUAAAUUGAGAUAAUGCUGAAGAUCUAGGGCUAUUGGAAUGUGAUGGUAAGCAUCCUUGAGAUGUAUAGAGAUAAGGAAAAUAUCCUUCCAAAUUGCUUGAGAUAUGGAUCAGAUUGACUCCAUCCCGAAGACUCUGACAUUCAGCCUUUUGUUGGCCCUUCCUAGAUCCAGUAUAGGCUUCCAUGUGCCUUUUCUUUUAGCACCAGAAGAGAGGCAAAUAUUGUCCCUGGAACCGCUCUUGUUAUGGCACCUAAGAAAUCACCUCUUCGUCCAGAAGGCUUCUUACAUAUUCCUUCAGUGCUAUUCCUUUUAAUUCAUCUGUCUGAAUUAUCUUGUUGGUAUAUAGACUCCUGUGUCUGAAGAAAAAACUCCAGUCUAUAUCAGUCUGGACUAUGGAUACCACCCAAGUAUUCCCUGCAGUGUCAGUAACUCCAUGUAUCUCAGAUAUGCUGGUCACUGGAGGUUCUCCUGUCUGAUCAUGAGGAGCUGGCAUACUUGGAACUUCAGUCCUGAGGUACAAAAUACCUUGCAACCCUCAAUCGCCUGUUUAAUGGAUUCAUCCAAAGCUUUCCCAAACAGCACCUCCUCUUCAAAUAGAAUGGUGUAGAGGGCAGACUUGGAGGAUGAGUCAUCCUCAAAGAAUCAGACCCAUAAUGCUUUCCUAGCUGCUAUAGAUAAAGCCAUUUGUUUAAGAGAAUAUCCUAGUUACAUCUAGUCAUAAGUUUCUGUGAAGAAGUCAGUUGUAACCUGAAGACUUCAGACUGCAUCUUCAAUCUUGACUCUUAAUGGCUCUCUUCAUAGUAGCCUUUAGAUCUUUAACACUUUUCAUGGUUGUAGAAACAGCAGUGAAGAGCUACAGCUGGAUGAUCGGUCUGCAUCCACAUUUGAUCCAUAGGCUUGCACCUUAUGUAGUGUAGUUCAGGGAUUGGAAAUACCUUCCUCCUCUUUUUCUUUCCCCCUAAGGCCUCUAAAAUACCUUGGAACUUCCUUGUAAGCCAUGCCCGCAUGUCAUGUGGCUGCGCAGGCAUAGGUUAUGCUGAAGCGGCUACCUUCUGGAAACAGUCAGUGCAUUACUUUUUUCCUUCCACUGCUUUCCCAUCAUAACCAUCAUAACCAGAACAUUGUGUAGAUUCAGACAGUACCUUGCAACUUCAUUUGUAAGCUAUGCCAACAUGUCCUGUGGCUGAGUAGGUAAAGGUGAGGCUGAAGAGGUUACUUUCUGAAGAUAGUCAAUGCAUAACCUUCCACUGCAUUCCCAUCACAAUCAGAACAUGGUGUAGAUUCGGACAUCAAAUAAACAAUAAAUAAAAAAUAAAUAUUACUUGUGGCAAAGUACUGAAGUAAAAAAGUGCACUGUCAAAUUCUAUUACCAAGAAACCAGUGAAACAGAUUUAAAACUGGCUGAAAACAGCACUUACCCGUGUCUGGAGACCCUGCAAAUCCUUACCAAAUAUGUUUGGGAUGUUUACUGUAAUUUUCCCUUCAUUUUAGGUACUUUCUGGCAAUUGCCCUUAUCCAAGAUGGCUGCCGCAACUUGUAUUCCCACAAUGCAAGUCAUCACAUGUAUUAUGUGUGUGUGUACAUGUAUGUAGGUUAUUUCACAUUCCUGGGCUACCGUAUGGUCUCAAAAGGCAACACAGACCAAGCAAACCAAUCUGGCAAACUGAAUUGGGCAAGCCUUAUAUUGACCCUGUAACUUUCCAUAACACCAUAAAACCUGACAAAGACUGGUGGUAGAAUUAGUGCAUGGAAAGUGUUAAAAUACCACCAUUUGAAAUACCUUAGGGUGUCUACUUUUCAAAAAUAUAUGGUUUGAUGGGGGUAAAUUACAACUGUCCGGCUUAAAAAAUGUCCCAAAUAGGACAUGGUGACUAGCUGUGAAAAUAAGUCUCAAAAGCUCCAGAAAACCCGACACACCUAUACAUGGGUGGUAUCACUGUACUCGGGAGAUGUUGCUGAACACAUCUUGGGGUGUUCUUUGGCAGUAACCCUUAAAGUUCUCAGUACAUGUAUUCUUAAAUUGCUAUGUGUGUCAAAAAAAUCACCAAUUUUGUGGGGGGGGUUUAUUUUUAUUUAAUUUAACCAAUAAGAUGAAGUUGUGUGGGUGCCUAUACAUUUUUUUAAUUCUCUGGCAUUGAUGUGUUUGAUUACUCUUCAGAAUUAGCCUCUGAAUUAUAUUGGCAGCAUAACCUAACUUUAGUAUUAACGUAUAUCCUCUUUAGCACAAAUGACCAAAAAAAGUGCUUGCAUAGAGCUCUGCUGUAUGAGGCAUUUUAUUACUAAAAUACAAUGCUUUGAGUGAAGGCAGUUCAAUAAGGCUUUAACCCCUUAAGGACACAUGACAUGUGUGACAUGUCAUGAUUCCCUUUUAUUCCAGAAGUUUGGUCCUUAAGGGGUUAAAUCCCACAGUAUAAAAAGGUGAAAUAGAUUGUACAGGUGUUUUGUCGAGUCAAGUUGUGUCAGUAUGUUAUCUGCAGUUCUCCCUUGGGAAAUAUUUAUUUAUUAUACUGAAAUUCAUCAAUUCUCUUUGUGUUUCAAAAACGGUCAUCUGUUUUAAAUUGUAGCAGUUCUAGGAGGUUUAUACAUUGUCUUUAUGCAGUAUUUACAGAUAGCCUCGAUAGUUUAUGCUUCAAAGCAGGUAUGAAAAUAGCAGACCACCUGCUGUUCGAGAACUGCAACUCCAUUGAUGCUUUAUCAGCCAACUGACUGGGAUUUAAGUUCUGGCCAUCCCUGAUCUAUAGUAAAAUCAGUGACUAUAUAAUUUGGGACCUUGAUCUUCUACCCUUGCACCUGGGUGUCAAUCUUAUGGCUGACUAUUUGUACCUACCGCAUUUAUAGCGGCCACAGAUACAGCUAUAUCACCUUAUAUUUCCGGGUCACUUCAUCUUAACCUCAGCCCCAAGUUCUAUCCCACAGAACCGGUCUCUUACUAAGAGGAGUUUAUAUGGGAUUAUAUCCCAUUUCUUCCUGUACCCAUAGAACAUUGUAUUCUGGUACUUAUCCUUCUCCCCUAGUGGAUAAUCUAUUUAUCUGUUUUUAAAGUUUUUGAUUAGGUUAUAAUAAAGGUAGGGUUUUUGGCUUCCCUGUUACUUUUUCCAUAUAUAUAUAUAUAUAUAUAUUCAUUCCUCAUUACUGUGCUCCUUCUCAGCUUUGUCCCCUGGGGUACCUAUUGAGUCUUUAUUUUCAAUUGGUAUAAUUAAGGGUUAAUGCCCUAUCUAUCUGAGAGCACAGUUUAGGCGAUCUUUCUACAUUUAGAGUUUAGAUACUGCGGCUCCCCCUUUAUCUUAUUCGAUCCAGGGUUUGCCACUCUAUCAUUUAUUAUCUGUCUUAUUAUAUAAUUUGUUAUAGUGCUACUAUGCUGUGGGUUUCGUCUAACAGCCACCCCAAACCCUUUUUCUUCCCAUCCUUUUCCUACCCUAUUGUUUGUGCUUGAUUUAAAAUGAUCAGGCCUUCCCCCUAUGACUCAGUCACGUUGUCUUCGUUGUGAGCCUCAGAAUGGAGUGAUGUCAUAUAUAUUUUAAUUUUUUUACUUCUUGUUUUUUUUUAAAGCUUGUAACAAAAUCAAGAAUAUAUUAUUAAUAUGAAAGGUCUUGUAAACAGAACAUUUUUUGAGGGAGGCAAAAUAUAUAUGCUGAUUUAUGCCAGUCCUUGUACAUUCACAUAUGUGAAAAAUUACACAUCUGAAAGUGAUUUAUGCAUUCUACCACUGCCCCUUUUAUUAGGUAUCUUACCAUAAAAACUAAAUUGUUCCCAGAAGUGUUUAUUUGUUUUAAAUGUUGCUCAUUAUGCUAGCAUUAUUUUGUUUUUAGAAUUUUGACCGUCGUACUCCAUUAUUCAAGACCCAACCGGGUUAUUCACUAAAGUUAGGAUUGUCAAAAAUGUAAAGUGAAAUUGACAUUUAAGGCCAAAGGGGCUAAACUGGAAACAAUCCUCCAUCUAAACAUCUGGAAAAAGGCUUUAAAUUUGAAAUUCACAUUAAAUUCCUGACAAUUCUCACUUCAGCGAGUAAACCCCUAGAUGUCCUUCAUUCUAACUGUACCAUGCUAGAGGUGCUUCAAUAAGUAAACAGACAUGGGAUUAUUUGCUAAACUAUGAAUUGCUGGAAAAAGUUAAUUUUCAAACAUGAAACUCACAAGCUGAUUAUGAGACAGGGCCCUUAUUAUGACUUGAAUGAGGACUUAUAAAAGCCUUUUAGAGGUGCCUGGAGUCAUUCAAAAUGAAACAUUGCACAUGCGGAAAUUAACCCCACCUCCAGCAGCAUCAGUGGGGCAUCGUUAGCCCAUACAAGAUUUAAACUGUGCUAAAAUAGCGCUAAGGUGUUAAUCUGUUUUCCCUGUCACCUUUCCAGCCCUUGCCCCACAAGACACCUUCCUUGGGAAAGAACGGUUACUUACUUGUGGACAUUUCGCUUUAAACUAACCUGGCCAUCUUCCUACAACCCCUUUUAUUAACAAAUGUGUUCCAUUCACCGAAGCACUGGAUAUUGCCUAGUUUUCCAGUCUCUAAACAGUCAGGAUGGUGGCCACAUUAAAAUCCCAGGAGACUAACUCUUUCUCUUAUGCUGGGAAUAACAUAGAUACUACCAUGACUCAUAUUAGAUUGGAUUAAAAUUCUUCCUUAUCUUAAUAUUUCAAUAAAUGACUUUGUUAAAUAUGUACACAUACAUAUGAGAGAGCGCUAUGUAAAGGAUACUUCUUCCAUGAUGAGGGUUGACAUGACAGACAUCAUGCAGUUCAGGCGUCCUAAUCUCAGGAUAGCAUAAGAAAACAAAAAACAAUGUUUUUGGCUGCCUACGAUUAGUGGGAGAUACACUCCUGAGCCACAGCUCACCAAUUUCUGAUGGAUGGCUUAUUCUGUAUGAUUGUUUUUAGAUGAUGUAGAACAGAAAGAAGCUAUUGUGAAUGCUUCUGGCAAGCUGCAAAAUGCACUGAAUGUGUGACAGAAUCAGAUAUUUGGAGUUAAAAGGCAGCAAGUAAUAGCUGUAGUUAACUGAGAGGAUGAAUGUUGCCCUAAUGUUCGUAUGUGGAUGUAAGAAGGAAUGAAAGAGUAUAUUUUUGUGAUGGUAAGCGUGCUGGAGUGUAUUUAUUUAUGCAUUCUGAUAUGUUAGCAUUUUAUAUCAGUCUUUGUUUGGGGGUUGAGGAGUCUAAGCAUCCAUAACAUGUAUACUGUUAUAGUUGUGUUCACAAAUAGCUGUCUUUUUAAACAGGCAAACCUAUAUUAUUAAAGAGGCACUGCCAUGUUUGAGGUCUUUGCAAAAAUACAAAAAGAGCUCCUGUCCCCGAGGUGAUGUGUGCAUUUGAUGUGAACCAGAAGUUCUCUGUAGGAUUGCCACCAUCUUUCAGCCGCCUUGCUUUUUCAGCUUCUGGUGGCUUCACCUACCAGGAGCCUUGUCAACUAUAUACUCUCGCGUAUAUGCAAGAGUAAGAAAUUGAGUUUCUUGAAGAACAUGUGAGAUCAAAGGAUGAACCUUAAAUAAUUUUGCGCUUACACAUUAAUGUGCCAUAGGCAACUAUGUGCAAGGUGAUGCCUGUUCACAAGCGAUAGCUGAAGGGAUAUGGCAGGAUGUAGAGGUGGAUGCAACUUCUGUUGGCACAUUGUAGAAAAAAUUCCAACAUUGUCAGCAAGAGCUUUUUUAAAGAAUUAUUCUUAAAUGGUCAAAUGCAAUAGUGCCAGUUUAAACAAUAUUCUAAAUAUAAAUACAAAAAAAUAAGUCCUGCGCUCAAACUCCCAUUACUCCUGGGCAGUAGCAACGACCAUAGUACACAUCAGCUUAAAUACAUACAGUAAAAACCAAAGAAAAAUUCUAAAUGUUUCACAACCUCACUAUUGAGGAGAUUUAUAAAGGCAACAUGCUAAAUAAUGAGCAUAGAAACAUAGAAUGUGACGGCAGAUAAGAACCAUUCGGCCCAUCUAGUCUGCCCAAUUUUCUAAAUACUUUCAUUACUCCCUAGUCUUAUCUUAUAGUUAGGAUAGCCUUAUGCCUAUCCCACGAAAUCUUAAACUCCUUUACUGUGUUAACCUCUACCACUUCAGCUGGAAGGCUAUUCCAUGCAUCCACUACCCUCUCAGUAAAGUAAUACUUCCUGAUAUUAUUUUUAAACCUUUGUCCCUCUAAUUUAAGACUAUGUCCUCUUGUUGUGGUAGUUUUUCUUCUUUUAAAUCUAGUCUCCUCCUUUACUGUGUUGAUUCCCUUUAUAUAUUUAAAUGUUUCUAUCAUAUCCCCCCUGUCUCGUCUUUCCUCCAAGCUAUACAUGUUAAGAUCCUUUAACCUUUCCUGGUAAGUUUUAUCCCGCAAUCCAUGAACCAGUUUAGUAGCCCUUCUCUGAACCCUCUCUAAGGUAUCAAUAUCCUUCUGAAGAUUUGGUCUCCAGUACGGAGUACAAUACUCCAAGUGAGGUCUCACCAGUGUUCUGUACAAUGGCAUGAUCACUUCCCUCUUUCUACUGCUAAUACCUCUCCCUAUACAACCAAGCAUUCUGCUAGCAUUUCCUGCUGCUCUAUUACAUUGUCUGCCUACCUUUAAGUCAUCAGAAAUAAUCACCCCUAAAUCCCUUUCCUCAUAUGUUGAGGUUAGGACUCUAUCAAAUAUUCUGUACUCUACCCUUGGGUUUUUACGUCCAAGAUGCAUUAUCUUGCACUUAUCCACAUUAAAUGUCAGUUGCCACAAUUCUGACCAUUUUUCUAGUUUACCUAAAUUAUUUGCCAUUUGGCUUAUCCCUCCUGGAACAUCAACCCUGUUACAUAUCUUAGUAUCAUCAGCAAAAAGACAUACCUUACCAUCAAGACCUUCUGCAAUAUCACUAAUAAAAAUAUUAAAGAGAAUGGGUCCAAGUACAGAUCCCUGAGGUACCCCACUGGUGACAAGUCCAAGCUUCGAAUAUAUUCCAUUAACUACAACCCUCUGUUGCCUGUCACUCAGCCACUGCCUUACCCAUUCAACAAUAUUUGAAUCCAAACUUAAAGAUUGCAGUUUAUUGAUAAGCCUUCUAUGUGCAACAGUGUCAAAAGCCUUACUGAAAUCUAGGUAAGCAACUACUGCACCACCCUGAUCUAUAAUUUUAGUUACCCAAUCAAAAAAAUCAAUAAGAUUAGUUUGGCAUGAUCUCCCUGAAGUAAACCCAUGUUGUCUCUGAUCUUGAAAUCCAUGUGUUUUUAGAUGUUCAUCAAUCCUAUCCUUUAACAUGGUUUCCAUCACUUUCCCCACUACUGAAGUAAGGCUUACUGGCCUAUAGUUGCCCGACUCCUCCCUAUUACCUUUCUUGUAAAUGGGCACAACAUUCGCUAACUUCCAAUCUUCUGGGACUACUCCUGUUAACAAUGAUUGGUUAAAUAAAUCUGUUAAUGGUUUUGCUAGUACACCACUAAGCUCUUUUAAUAGCUUUGGGUGUAUUCCAUCAGGUCCCAUUGACUUAUUUGUCUUGAGAAAAUCAUGGGAAUAGUAUUUCCCAACAUCAACCUCUUUGAACAUAGAAUGGAUAUUGGAAGGGUUGGGAAAAGAGGUAGGAUUUUUUUUUUUUUUUUUACCCCACUCCUUGCACAAGCCACACUUUUACUAUAAUAAAGGGACACAGAACACUUAAAAAAAAAAAAAAAAAAUUAUUAUAAUGUGUGUGUAUGUAAAUGUGUGCGUUAAACGAAACAAAGUUUUUUCCACAAAUCUGAUCGACCUCCAAUCAUUGUAUCUGAAGCCAGGAAAUCAAUUUCUCUUAGACCAGUGUGGCUCUUAACCCCUGGAUCCGGACAAAGAAUUUGUUCUCAAGUCAUUUUAGUGGGUGUCCAUUAUUAGAAACGGGUACAUGAUAUUCAUCAAGUAUUAGGCAAUUGCCCACAGUAACUGGUUUACUGUAGCAGGCCUGCUUUCCCAAGUGCAGUGCAGGCCUAUUUGAUGCUGGGCAUGAUCUAUUGCAGGGGUAGGCAACCUUUUAGUAGUACUAUGCCAAAACAAGAUCUUGAAGUCUCUUGGCGUGCCAGUCCUAUUUUUUUUUUUUUAAAGGAGGUGUCCAUGUUGCCGUAUUGUGAUUGUGUUAUUUAUGGAUGCUGAAGUUGCUUUGUAACGUUGUGUUUGUACGUAUGUGGGCUGUUAUAUUGUAAAUGCUCAUAAGUAGUUUGUGGUUGUAUGUAUGAUACUCAUUGAAUGUGGGAAGUGUACGGGGGCUGCUUGUUGUGUGCGGGUAUCUGGAUUGUCGGUGCUGUUGUUUUUGGGGACUGUGUGCGUAUUUGUGUGUGAGCUGUCUGUAUUCUCUGCAUGAAAAAAGGCUUCUUGUAGAGCUAUGUGUAUAUCUAGCAGUGUGGGUGUCUUCCUUGAGAUCCAGUGGGGACCAGGUACAGGUCAAGGGCAGGAGCUGCGGAAGAUGCUGCAGGCUGCUCUACUCCAGUGUGGAUUCCCGUUCACAAGUACUGGGAGGAAGUGAUCACUACCUCUAUGUGCUGCAAUAUGUGAAUUGAGGAUUGUCCCUCACCACUUGGGUUGCAGUAGCAAAUAUCUGAAAUCCCACUGGGACUCCUGGUAAACCAGAGCCUGUUUGGCUCUGGCAGUAUUGAGUGUCGUGCAAAGGCACUUUGAGUGUCAUGCAUUGCACAUUUGCCAUAGGUUGCGCAGCCCUGGUCUAGUGUUUUGCAAUAUGUAUCCUAUUGAUAAUUAAAUUACACUUGAAAACUUGGCUUCUAACCUAAUUAUCUCAUUGAAUGAGACGAUAAACUAAUGCCAUGUACAUAAUGUGAAUUUGUGUCAAAAUUGUUUUUGGCUUCUCAUAUUUUAGAAAAAUGGGUGAGUUUGCCUAAAUGUAUACUAUCACAGUCAUGCAUCCUUUUUAUAUCCUCACUAAAUUGCCGCUUAACAAACUUGUCAAUUGUAUAUAUUUUUACUAAAAAUAUAAGUGCAUGAAAGCUGAGCUCCAUUUUUUUUCCUCAUUACUAUUGGAAGUAUGAAUUUGGUUAAUUUGUUUUGCUGGGCAUCAAAUGGCAUUAAUAAUAAUUACUUGGAUCAGGUUUUUUUUGUUUUUUUCAUUUUCAAUUGUCUGUGUUUUUUUUUUUUUAACACUUAUAUUAUGAUCUUUUGAAAUCCUACUGUGUUCUGAUUUUAUUUUUAAUUUUUGUGGUGUUCAACAAAUGCCCCUACAAUGUAGAAUAUACACUAUUAGACAGCGAGAAAGACGGAACAUUACAUAUGUGCUGUGCUUGUCAAUUCUAAAGAUAGGUACAUACUCUGCAAUCACAGUAACAGCUGGUGAAAGUUGUAUAUUUUAUGUGCAGUCUGUUUGCUCAUCCUAUCACCUUUCACGUGGCUCGUAAUGAAUGCCUUAUAUGCUGAUACAUGUCUUUUAAAACCAGUAAGGUAUAGCUUCAUAUCCUGGUUGCCUUAUUUACCUUUGUGUCUAUAUCCUGCCUGUCUAUACAAAUAUAUGUUUGACAUCAUAUUUGUAUUUAUUUAUCUUUUUCUUUCUUGGGAGCUGGAUUUCCCCUGUACAUUGUUCAAUGUGACAGUAUAUGAAAUUUGCUUUUUUUAUUGUAUUUAAUGUUAUUGCAUUGUAACUUAUAAAUUGACACCCUCCUCUUUCUGUAUGCUUUUUAUUUCAGCUCCUUCUGUCUGUAUUCUAGGUCCUCCCCGGCACCAAAGUGA